GUGUACAGAGCGAGGGGGAGAGAGCGAAGCUGAGUGUGUGUGUGUGGAGUGAGAAAAAGAGAGAGAGAGAGACGAGGUCUGGCGUCUCCCUGUUGUAAAUCUUUCAGGUCCAGAGCUGAAAACUCGGAGAAACACACAGAGAAGAAGAGGAGGAGACCUCGCGGUAAUCUCAUUGUGAAGCUACCUGGUGACCUGGACCUGCAGCGCGUGAGGCCGUGGAUUAAAAACCCUGCCUGGAAGGACGGAUGGUCGCGCGGACGGGCGGCGCGCUGUGAAGUUGGACAGACUAACCGAGACACCGACAGCAGCGGCAGCUUUUGUCCCCCACCCCCAACACCACCACCACCUCCCCGAUCCCCGUGAAGGCAGCGGCGGCACCGGGAGGCUGCUCUUGCGCACCCCGACCAUGAAGCUGCCUUGGCUCCUGGCGCUCACGGCGCUGCUUGCUCACGCCGCCACGGUAAGCACGAGCAUCAGAUCCUUUGUUAACCGGGGCGCUCUCGUGCACACGGGAGCUCAGGCAAUUUAUACAUAUGUUUGUAGGUGCGUGCAUGUGUGCAUGUGUGUGUGUGGGGGGGGUGCGCGUUCUGUUAUAGAUAAGACAGAGGUAGCGGUGAUCGGUAGGAAAUCCUACACUCGACCUACUUAUCAGCCCUUAUUGGCCGGCCGUGACUCCCGUGCACCCCCACCCCCCGCUUUUACGCACACACACACACACCCACACACACGCACACACACACACACGCCUUUGUGUCUCGGUGUUGGGGUUUAUCAUGGCCUCGCAAGUCAGGAGGAGUGUGUGCGUGCUUGUGUGUUGCCUGUGAGUGUGAGUGUGUGUGUCGGUAAUUAGCGGGUAAUCUCUAAUUGGGCUUGAUUGCGGGUCUUUGUGCUGUGUCUCGGUUUGUGGUGUCUGUGUCACCGGCUCACAUCCUGCCGGUAAUUUGAGGGGCUCCAGCCAUACUGCGGUUCUAACGACUUUAUUACUGGGCAGGACGGGUGUGUGUUUCUCUGUGCGUGUGUUUCUCUGUGUGUGUGCACGUUUUGUGUUUAUUGUCCGAUCCCCAACCUGCGGGGCGCUCGGGAAGUGCAAGAAAACAGCGGCCUCGUUAUGUGGAUGCAGGAAUCCGACUUGGGGCAUCCUCCCGUUAUAACCCGACUUGUGUGUUUGUGAGUGUGUGUGCGCCGAGAAGUGGGUGGGGUAACGGGGAAGUUAACGGCGAUGCGGUGCGCGAACGAAGGCAGGGAUGGAAUGAUGUCAUCGGGAAUCGCGAGCAGGGGGGGCUGAUUAGGAAUGCGUGAGCCCCCCCAUCCGUCUCUUUCUCUCCACACACACACACACACACACACACACACACACACACACACACACACACACACACACACACCUCCCCGGAACCAUCCACGCCGAGAUUCACGCGCCCCUCAUAGCACGCCCACAUCUUCCGUUACCGAUUAAUCCAGAUUUAUCCUAUGAGGAGGAGGAGGUGGAGGAAGAGGAGUGUGGAAGCUCAUUGACUCAUUCAGGGGAAAAAAAAGAUGCAAGUACCAAAAAUAGUCAAAACGCAGGUCUACAGAGAGCGUAAAAUAAGAAGCAUACCCUUCAGAGUGAGUUUACAGCCAUAUUAAUGUACCAGGGAGCAACGAGCCAAAAUUUGAAGUGCUGAGCUCUAACUUGGUGUUUCCCGAGUAUCUUUGAAGUCCCAUACAGUCCAGGGCAGCCUCUACUCUUGUGUUGGAAUGAUAAUAAAAGAUCUCCUCCUGACAUGUUUGUCUGAGAUGUUUCCAUAAAGUCCAUUCUCUCUGUUUAGUCUGACUGUCACACCUGUCUAAAUGGCACUUUUUAUUGCAUUGUUAUGUCUGGCUUCCAAACAUAUGAUAUCAUUUAAGUGUGUCCACGUUUUCAGGGCAGAGAGAAAGUUUUCUGCUUUGGCAUUUGUUUGUCAAAAGUCUGUAUGGACAAGCUCACAUAGGGAGAACAGUUUUUAAUGUGAGCGUGGCACUUUUAUUUGAGUUAUUGGUAACGCUUUCUUUUAUGGUACACUUAUUACCAGGUAAUUAACAGGUAAUUACAUACAUUACUUUCAUGUUACAACAUGAAAUUAUCUGGUAAUUACACAAUAACUACUAAGUUAAUACUGUCUAGCUACCAAGUAGGCCAAAUUGCUCUGGUAUUUCCAGGAUUUUCUCAGCUUCCUGGAACCACCACUUGCGCAGUAGCAUUGUACACAUUCGGCGGAUGAGCCGCUGUGAUAAUGCUCGACUCAAACAGUGUAUCGCUACGCAAUCUUCGCACGCCCAUAGGCUGUAUCAAGUGUCAAUCAUAGAAAUUAAGAACCCCAAAUAGCUUUUGAAAAUGGAGCUGCACAGAAAAAAAUUAGACAGUAUUGACUCAGUAGUUAUCAUAUAAUUACCAGAUAAUUUCAUGUUGUUACUAGGUAAUUACCUGGUAAUUACCUAGUAACAAAAGUGUACCGUAAAAGAAAGCGUUACUGAGUUAUUUUGUGGUAAUUCAACAGAUCAUACAGUGUUAAAAGUGCCCUGGUGCUUGAACAACAACAACAUCAACAACAAAAAGUUGGUGUUCAAGCGACUUUUCAAAUUCAAAGUUAACUGCAUUUGAGAGCAGAUCAAGUCAAUAUUUGUGUAUUCAAAAUUAAAUGUUCUUAGUCAAAUGAACUAACUGUAAAUCCCUAAAUAUAGCCAAAGCCUUCUUGCGUUUGUCUUGUGUUACUCUUUGUAAUUGAGCUUUAUCAUUGUAUGAAAUCCACUGUAGUCUUUACUUGAUGGAAACAGUGACAUCCCUCAUCUAAGACUGAUCCUGAUGCAGGCUAAACUUGAAGUUCAGCGUAUAAUUUUUGGAAACAAUUACUGCAGGGAUGCCCUUGCUCGUUGCAUAGAAAGGAUACACACCAUGGCUGUGUCCAAAAUGAAUCACUCAAUCCCCAACCCUUAAUCCCCAUAUGAGGUUUCACUAUAUAGCUGACUAUGUAGUGAGCUCAAUCACCAGAGGUUUCGGACACUACGUGGCAAAACGCAAUGCAUGACGGGAUGCCCACCACCACUGAGUGACCAUCGGAUGGUCACUACAUUUUGCAAUGCUCUAUGGGAAAUUUUGUGUCGCCUAUAUGGGGCACUGGAAUUAAUCACUCAGGUUUCGGACACCCCUCAAAAUAGCGCUAACCCCCAUAUAGUCGUCUUUAUAGGGUUAGGGAUGCAUUUCGGAUACAGCUCUUGAAAAACUUCUAACUUCUCUUCUUUGUCAGCAGUUUUCUGCUGCAUUGGACUGAUUUCGGUACAGCGCCCUCAGCUGGUGAGCGGUAGUCAUUCCCCAAGACUGUCAGAUAUGGAAGUGCUCUGGCCUUCAUGUGUGGUAUAAAGCAUGGUGAAGAGGUAGUUCUUGAAAUUAGAAUCCUGACAGGGUGAGGCCAGAGUUUGAUAUGAGGAGUAGAGUUUACCAACAAUGCUAACACAAACUAACUCCUCUGCUUCAGUGUCAACAAAGAGCAGGAAAAUGUGCAGGAACUACUGUCGGUGGAGUGAUUUAACGUGUGUGAUCUGCUCCUCUCUGGCAUUGCUUUUGUUCAGGAGAGUGAAUAACCGUUGUCAAGGGGUUUAGACCAAUCAGAUUCGAGUAUUUAACACAGCCAGGUGAUUAGUAAGGAAGUACAUCUUUAUUUAAUUGUUAAGGAUGUGAUCCUGGGCUUAGCAAGGGGCCUGGACACUAAGUGAAUACCGGUUGUUGUAUGAGGGUUAAAGGUGGUUGUUAUCCUUCAGUUUUAUUCAUCUGCACAAUUUGGUUUUUAUUUCAUUCAAGGACAGAUUUAACCUUCUAGCCACAGAGCAUCCACCACUUUAUGUGAUCAUGUUCAAUUUCAAAUGGUGAUAUAAAUAUAUUUUUCAGUUUGGUUUCUAGUCAACCCUAAGUGUGAGGUUGGUUUAUACACAUGAAACAGUUACAGAAUCCAUACAAAAAGCACAGCUGACCACAUUAAUGCCCAUUAGCUUCAUUAAUAAUAAUAUAACUGCACACUUUAUGAGGACUUUUGUGCGGUUAAUUACCUUCGUUUCCACAUUUUAACUCGGUGUUUGAGUUGUCAACAUCUCAACACCUUGGACUGUCACUGUGCUGCGUCUCCUGUGAUGCUUCACUGCUUUGGACAGGGGUUUUCAACGCUACACUACACACACAUUACACUAAACAUACACACACGCUGAUGAUUACUGGGUCAGACGGUUGCAAUCUUUGCCAAAGAUCCUCGGCCUUCCCGCUGACCUAAUCUGUGUUGAAGUCUACAGAUGGAGACAGGUGUGACACAUAUACACACACGUUUAAAUAUACACCCUGUUAGCUGGGCGCAGAUGGAUGGUGCUGCUUGGAUAGGUAACACACACACGCACACAUACACACACACACACACACACACACACACACACACACACAGCAGCCUAUUAAUUGCAUGACUCACCUCAAGCAACCCAAGCCUUGGACACACAAAAGCACACACAUACAUGACCCACAGUCAAACGCAUUUGCUGACAGGACCUUUCUUUAGACUCCCCUUAGCUUCCGACCAGCUGAGCUGACCCCUCUCUUAGUGUGUGUGUGUGUGUGUGUAUAUAUAUAUAAAUAAAUAUGUGUGUGCGUGUUUCUUCUCAUGCGUGAUCCCUGGUGUCAUGUCUCUGUGGGUAUUUCCUGUUAUCAAAGGUGUGACGUCAUAUCCGCGCGACAGCACUUUACAUAGGAGACCAGUUUUUUCCCACAGACAUCUGUUGUGUCCCACGGAAAGCUAGCGCCAGUGUGUGUGCAUGUGUGAGUGUUUGUGUGUGUCUCCAUGAGAGCACUCAGUGUCCAUCUGUCUGUGUGUGUGGGCUCAAAAAUAGUGAAUCUCCACUGCCAAAAACUUGUUCUCGCCAGCCCUCGCUCCUUGAAAAGUGUGCGUGUGAGAGCGUGUUUGUGUGCGUGUGUGUGUGUGUGUUUGGCGGAAAAGUGUCCUGUUCUCGAGGAUCAUGUUUAACGGGGAUGAAUCAGUGUUUUGUGCGUCCAAUAGCUGACAAAGCCCCCCAUAGAGAGACCAAGAAAGAGAGAAGGAGCAAGAAAGAGGAGAAAAUAGCCCGAGCAAGGCGGAUCGAGGGAGAGUGUGGAAUGUGAGAGGCUAUUUGACACAGGAAGUGGGUCCUUCUCGCUCUCCUGGAGGACAAAGUCCCCUCACACUCACGCUGGCAGGUAGAAAACACUCCCGGUGAGAGGGGGAGGUAUUUCAGGUGUGUGUGUGAAAGGAUGGGAGAGCGUUUGGGGGUCACCUUCCAGCAGGGAGAGGAAAUGAAAAGGAUCACAGCUCAUAUCCGGAUGCCCCGACGUCUGAAGGGGAGAGCGAGAAUAAUGACGGCCUUCAGUGGGAAAACAUCUCCCCUUUUCCCUCACCCGUCUCCCCCUUUUUACUUGUUUAGGUGUGUGUGUUAGAUUCGUACACACUCAUAUCUGAAAGCAUUUUCUUAUCACCGUGGAAGGACCGGCUCUGCAGAUGUGGCGCAUUUGACUGAAAUUAGUUUUCCUUUCUGGUGGGGAAAGUUUGAGCAUUUGAUUCAGCUUAGAGUGAAUUUUCCAUUAACUAUUAAACUGAUAACAGCGUGUGGGGACUGAGAAACCCGCCUCCACAAUACCUGUUAUUUCUGCUGUGUCCUAACUCGGAGGUGAAAGAACAAUGGCUGCCCCAAAUUUGCAGCAAAAUUGGAGUUCUAUUCACUAAAACCAACCAAAAGUUCAACUCUGCAUGAAAAACUAUUAGUAAGAAUGAGAAUAAAAGAUCCGCUGUCAUUAUUUGCCUCAUGGGAACUUGAAAAAAUCUCUGGGAACUUUUACAUCCGGUGUCUCAGAAAUAGUGUAGUCACUACUGUGGAGUCUUAUCUGGAUUUUUCCUCAAUAAUCAUGUCUUUAAGCCGUUUCAUUGUGCUUUUCAAACCAAGCCACCAGUGAAAAAGGCCGUUUCUCUACUUCUUUAGAUGCAAAAGAAUAUAUCCCACAAAUACACAAUGAUCAGGUGUAUUGGUUUAGAUAAUUACAGUGCUAAUGUCCAGAUCGCAUCCUUCAAUCAGAAAGGAUGACAGCCCGUAGGUAGCCUGUGAGGCAAACCUGAGGGGAACAAAACCUGUAAUCACUCAGCACCGCUCAUUAAUUACUGAGCUCUUCAUCCCUUGUGGAAAUUACACCCUUGUUUCCAAUCAGGAGAUAAAAACCGGGCUUUGCACGCUUACAUCAAACUCUAUUGUAUUUGAAAUAUUUCCUGCCAAACAAGCAUCAGGUGUCAUGGUUCAGAGUGCUGAAGCCUCAGAGCUCAUUACUCCAGAGUUGGACUCUGUUUAUUGGCAACCAGCGGAGCUAAAAUUCAAUAUAAUACUUAGUUAUUUGGCACUGGCACUGCAUGGUAGUUGAGCUCCCUGAGCAGUGAAUGUAACACAGGGUUUCAUGGGGUUCUUGUCUGCUGUCUGAAAAAAGCAGCUGUCUUUGCCCUCUCUUCUGUUUAGUUUGAAAUAACCAAAAAAUAAAGUUAUAUAGGCAACAUCACUGUUGUCUUUUGGAUUUAUCUGGAAUACUGGGGUUUUUGACCCUUAGAGGUGACCAUUGAAUCAUACAUGAUGCUAUAUUUAGAUUUAUGAAGGGGAUUAAUGGCCCAGUGAUAUAAGGAAGAUUUCAGGAAUUUAUGAGUCUUACCCCAAGAAAAUUUUGACCCAUUGACUGCAAACAAGAGUGUUGUGAUGCUGGCAAAGACUAAUGCCAGUUCAAGCUACAGUGUUUUCCCAUGAUCAGGACAAGGGCAGAAUUUAGGGAGGCGCUAUGGUGUGUGUGGUUGGAGCUAGCAUGGUGAAACAGCAGAUGUGUGUGAGAGAGUGGGUGAGUGUGUAUGUGAUGCUCUUGUGAUAAAUUUAAAUAGAUGGAGUGAGCCCCCUAAGUGACCACAUGGGGCUGACUGCAAAAAAUGAACAUGCUUGAAGCCUGUUUUUGGUCUAAAUAGCUCAAUGCUCUCAUGACACCAGCUGCAUGGGGAGUGAGUUUUUUCGUAACACUUAGUUUUGGACUGAUUAUGGUUUCAAGACUGGCAAAUCAGAGGCACAGCUGACUUGAAUGACUGGUGGGGACACUGUAGCUGUUUUAAGGAGGCUUAGGGUUUGCCUUAAAAGUUAGUUUGAGUGUGCAUUUCCAUUUCCAUUGACUGGCUUAGAAACUGCUUCAUGAACAAACAGGUGAUGUUGGUGAUGUUGGUGAUGCUAUACAUCCAGUUAUUAUGCAGUUCAUGCCCAGGAGGGAAAAUCGGGAACCUUUGGCCUCACUUUUGGAAAGCUGUCAGGUCCACUUCUUAUACACCCUGUACAGCAGUUCUCACAAGUAUUUUUACUUUCAAACUUUCAAAGCGUUUGACUCCCUGUUUAACUGGAGUUAAAAUAUAAGAUCUGACAGCUUCUAAUUUUCAGGAAAGCUGCUGUUUAACUAAAUCUUCACCCGCUGAUACUCGGCUGAUAGGCCAUGAUGUAAUACUGUCUUGUCUGUGUGAGUCCUCUCUGCUCACUCUGCCACUCACAGUUUUGGGAGUACCUGUUUUCUUCAAUCACUCAUCUCCGACACAUUGUGCAACACUGAACUUUCCCAGAGGAAUGUGUUUGACUCGUCCCACGAAUUAGAAGGAAUGCAGCCAGAGCUCCAAUCCGCCCGGCUGGAAACUCCUCUCAUCACAACCACUUACACAGAUACACACUCACACACAGACACAAGUGCAGACAUGCUUUUCUCACAUAUAUGCACCAAUGCACCUUAAAGUUCUGAUUAUACACACAGAGACAGAAGCACACACGCACACACACCCAGAGUUACAGUGGUGGUGGAUAACGGUGGUGUGCAGCAGUUUUGUUGAUUCAGUGAGUCAGAGGGAGACGGAGAACGCUGGAGGUGUUUUAGGUAGGUCAAAACAGGCUGGAAACACAGCUCGUGUAGCUGCUAAACACACACACACACUCACACACACACCCACAGAGCUUCCCUUGCAGUAAUUGGACAGCACUGUGCAGACAUACAUACAUAUUCUCAGGAGAAGAGGGUUAGAUGAAUAUAGAGAGAGGAGGAGGGAGAGAGGGAGAGGAGAGCGAUGGAAAAAAGGGAGGUGUACCGACCACAGGAUAAUGAGAAAGAGAGGAGGAGGGGAGGGAGUCAAAUGGAGAGAGGGAAGGAUGGAAAAAGUGUUACGGUAAUGGUGAGAUGCUCGAUAGCAGCGGACGAGAAAGAUGAGCGAGAGAGAGAGAGAGAGAGACAGUGAGGGUGAAAACGAAGCAGAGAGCAGAAGAAUCUGGAGAGGGGAGGAGUGGGAGGAGAAGAUGAGGGAUUUUCGGGGAUGGCGAGGAAGGACGGGAAAAGGGAGGUGGUGAGGGCUUGGAUGAUGAGGAGGACAGCGAGAGGAUGGGGCGAGACUGAAGGAUGGAGAUUGAAGGAUGUCAAAAAAAAAAGAGGAAUAAAGAGCCGGAGGGUGGGGGAGGGAGGCGUGUGCGCUGCUCACUCCCAGGAGACUAUGCUCUACCUGCUCUCUCCAUGGCCGUCACCAUGACAACCAGCAUGGCUGCCUCUGUCAUAGCUUUAUCCCCCUUUCAAUCCCCUCCUUUACCCCCCUUUUUAUCCCUCUCUUUUAUUCUGUUCAAGCCGUCUUUUUUUCUCUCCAUCCCCUCACAUUCACAGUUUUCCAUUCUCUGUUUUCUGGCUCUGCUCUUUUGUCUCUUUUUUUCUUCCACUUAUCUUUUUACUCCUCUCUCCUCCACCGCUCUUUCCUCAUCGAUAAACUGAGCAAUCCAGGAGAGAGGAGAGACGGCAGUUGUGCUUCACCUUUACAGUAUGUGUGUGUAUAUGUGUGUGUGUGUGUGUGUUUUGUGCUAUUACAGGACUCUAAAUUAGAGAGCAUAAAUGCAGAGCUGGGUCCCAUAACCACAAAGCAUCCUGGGAUUGCUGUGUGUUUGAGUGAUCGCUAUAAUUUAAACCCAAAAAACAGGGAGCCUCCUUCUCACUGACAGACUUUUAUGUGUGUGUGUGUGUGUGUGUGUGUGUGUGUUCCUGUAUGUGUGCAUCUCCACUAGCUCUGUCGUUUUCCUCUUAUAUUAGUCACGUUUAUGUUAGUGUCUCUCUGCCCUCACGCUGGAUAAUUAGGUUAAUGAUGGGCGGGGUCACGCGCAGCUGAAACCUGGAAUGGUCCAAUGGGAAUGCAGGAAUGUAAACUUCCUGGCAGGCGGUUGAUAAGAGCUGGUCGAGGCUGUGAUAAGGCUGGUGUCCGUGCACUUGGCUGGAGUCUGGCCUCCAUCUGACCUCCGACACUCAGCUCCCUCCAUCUCCCACUCCAUCUGUCAGUUUUCUGGUGGUUAUUUUGUCGGCAACUUUAUUGACCUUAUAUUUAUUCUGUUGCACUUUUUUGAAAACAUUUCAGUCCAGUAUUUCAGAGUUCCAGCAUGAGAACCACCACCCGAUCGCAGAAGCAGUUAUUAGUUUUCUGUAUGCCACAGGGCUGUACAGGAGAACUUGAGUGAUAUUUGGAUGUAAUCUGCCUAUGGGGUACCAAUGUUUCAUUGUUGGAAUAUCAAAGAGGAAGAAAGUUAUGGGCAACCAUGUUACUGUUCAUGUAGGUGAUAUUUACAAGAGACAUUGUAGUGCUUCAAAUUUCAAGAAGAUUUAUGUCGCCUAAAGACUUUUCCAUUUGUACUUCCAAUUAGAUAUUUCUACUCUGUGUACGUAUUUUCAUUAAGGUGGCUGGAUUAUCAGGGUUGAUAUUCGGCAUUUCACUGAUUAUCUGUAUCAGCCUUUAUUUUACAAAUAGUCAGUACAUUAAUUUAUUAAAAAACUUGCUUAUUUAGCUCUGCUGUGGGUGCAUCUUUCCCUCUGGGUCAGUUUUCUAGAACAAAUCAUUUGGACAAAGUUUUGUUUUUAAGUUUGUAAUAUUAUUGAUUUUGAAUUUUCACAGAAAGUUUUCAGACAUUGGUUCCAACUAAAAGUUAUUGGUUUCAUGAACUAUUCAUAAUUGGUAUUGGUAUCAGACCAGGAUGAACCAAUAUCAGUUGACCCCUUUUUCCUUUUUUUUUUUGGUUGCACAUCAAGUUUUGCUUUCUGAUGAACUCAGUCUCUCGUGGUUGUAUGCAGCCAGCAAACAUGUCUACAGCCUGACACAAAAACCAUGUAAAGUCUGCACAGUCCAGUAAGAUAUUAAGGCUGAAAAUUAAUCAGGGACGUAUUUGACAUGACUGAGGAGUUGGAACAGGAACCAGGAGGGAAAACUCCUCUACUCUUUGCUAACUAAACUGAAGGUUACGUCGAUCCACAUUCCCAAUAGGGAGACCACCAAAACAUAACAGGCUCCAAAACUGCCUCAGAAACUUGUUGUCAUUGAACCUACAUCUAUUUUUGAAACAGCCAAUGAGUUUUCUUAGAUAUCACUGUUGCAUCUUUUUUAACAUGCAUAAUUACACUUACAGUAGACCGACCUUGAUUUGGAUCACCAAAGAACUGGGAGGAUCAAACUAAAAUAAGGAUUAAACUUUGUUUUCAAGAUGUCUGAACCUAGAUUGGGAAAGAAAAAGUCAAUCUCACCCUUAUGAAAAUAGAGCGGUGAGUAGUUUGGUUUUCUCUGGUAAUAUAAUGGUGUCUGUGUUUUUAGAUUAUUACUGACCCUUUUGUGUGUGUAAAAAAAUUAAAACACACACAAAAAACGUAUUAAUACAAUCAGCGAUCAGAUUUUUGUUGUUGUUCCUAUUUCACCAACCUUAAAAGAGUCGAACAUUUUCUGCUUCCAGCCUCAUAACCUCACUUUCUCCUCCUCUGAUUUAUAUUUUUGUAAAUCGAUGCACUUUUGGCCGUGGGAACCAACUUAUUUUAUGGACUAAAUAGUCCUCCACAGACUCUGGACAGGUAUUGAUUUGAUCAUAAAGUACAGGGCUGUGAAAUUCUCCCUGCUUUUGUGAUAUAGAAGGAAAAAAAAAACAGUAAAGCCUUGCAGCAGUUGUAAUUUUUGUGAAAGUUGGCUAUUAGUGACACCGAAUUCAACUCUCUGUGUUUAAGGGGCCCUUUCCCUCAGCUUAGAGAUGUUUGUGGCUAACUGUGAAUAAAUGGCUAUCACCGCUCCACUGGGAACCAUCUUUAAAAAUGGCCCCCCUCAAAGCUGUGUGAGUUAGUCUCAAAGAGUUGUAAAUGAGGGCCCAGUAGAGGAGAGAGGCUGUGUAUCCCUGGGGGUCCUCUUUAAGGCUCUGCAGGAAGAGGUGAAGAUCAAGUAAAAGGGGAAGAACAACAAGCUAACUGUAAACGGAGGAGAUUUUCUAUGCGUGCAGAUUGUAAUGGCUUAUUUCUCUGUGGUAUAGUCAUUUAUAAGAGAGCGGCCUUCACGCCUCAGGGGCUGCUGGGUGCAGUUAAAGGGUCUCAGGUUGGCCCUUGAAGGAGAAUGAAUCGCUGUGUGAUUUUCCCAGAUGCACACACACACAUGAUUGGAUAUAUGAAUGUUUUGUCACCCAAUUUGCCUCCAUUUCAUCUUCACUCGCCUUUGAUCUGCCGGCGUCACGGUUUCUAUUUUCAAACGACCUUCCUGUCAUCUCGGUCUCUGAUAACAAAGAGAUUUUGUCAGUUUUGAUUCACAGAUAUGCAUUUCUGACACAUGUUUCUCAUCAGGGCGACGUAGAAUUUAUCACUUUCAUUUUUAAUAGAUUUUCGUCUUAUCUGUAUUGUCAUCCUCUUUGAAAAUUAUGGAAUAUUUCAUCAUUAUUUCAUUAACACUGGUUCUGUGACAGAGAGCUGCGUGUUUGCAUACUGAUGUGCAUGCGUGUGUCCUGCGUGUUUGUGUGUGUGUGCAUGUUAUAGGAAGGAGACAGGAAGGGAGUAUUUAUAGAUCCGGCCUUUAAGCGUAAAACCAGAAGGGCGCCUCCUGAGUGGUUUUAUACAGGUGUGUGUUUUUACAUGUGAGGCAGAGGAGGCGAUGAAGGAGCACAGGGAGGCCACUUGUGCAAGAAACGAGAGCGAGGAAUAACUGUGUGCGAGAGGCAUGUGACUGUGUGUGUGUGCGUUUGAAUUAUUUAGCCCCAACGUCCCGACAGAGGAGUGAACGAGGUCAGGAGCUCAUUGCUGCAACGUUUUCCUCUCUCCAUCUAUCUAUCCAUCCAUCCAUCCUUCCUCCCUUCUUCUUCUUCUCCUCCUCCUCCUCCUUCUGCAGAGCUCCUCGUUUUCUCGGCCUGUCCAGAUAAACAGGAACUGAGUAACAAAAGGCUUCCCACAUGUUACUCAUGUCCCCUCAAUUAUCGGCGAACCAUGCGGGAAAAACAUCGAUCCAAUUAAACGCAGACAUUGAAACCUGCUGUGUGUGUGUUUGCGUGCUCGUGUGUGUAUGUGUGGACUCUCUCAAGUAAACCUUUCAACCCUGAUUCUUUAAAGGGCUCUUUCAAAGGCGUUUGCAGUUUGAACAAGCGACUGAAGUUAAUGAGCUGCGUGUGCAUGUGUGUGUGUGCAUGUGUGCACACAUUUGAGUUUCUGCAAUAUUGCCUGGUGGUUGCAAAAGGCUGUCCACCUCCAUGCAAGCACACAUGCAUGCAGAGUUGCACACACACGCACGCACGCACGCACGCACGCACGCACGCACGCACGCACGCACACACACACACCUUUGCAGCAGCAGGUGAUUCAUUCUUAAUCUUUCAUUCCAACAGUUGUGGAUUAGCCCUAAUCUCAGCCCACAGAGACUAAGGUCUGAAAGGCUGACUGACACCGAGAGUGUUUGUGUGUGUUUUUUCCUGUGUCUGUGCUGAUAAUUAUUUCCCCCGUUGGAGCGUGUGUGGUGUGUGUUUGACAGGACAUGAUGUGACUGAGGCAGAUAUACACGACAGAUUGACAGGCUUCACAAUAUCGAAACAUUAGACCCAGCAGGAGGGAUAUGUGUGUAUCAGAGUGUGUCCGCGUGUGUUAGUGUUAAAGGAGUCAUGACCUCUUUUGACUUUAAUUCCUUGUUUUGACAUUUUCGAAUCAGCUCAGUCACAGCCAAUGUCAGUUUGAGUCAUGUCUAAAGUUUACUUUAAGGUCAGAAACUCAACGUUAUCUGCUGAAGUGAUUUUCUGCACAUUUUUUUCAGGGUUAAAGCUGCAAAACAAAAACAAUGAAUACUGAUAAUAACAGCUCCCAAGGGCUGAAAAGUAAGCCAUUGAGGGAUAAAGAUAAUCUGUAUAUAAGGAUGUUACUAGGGAUGCACAAUCUUGGAUAUUUUCUGAUAUCUGUUAUGUUGAUAUUUUCAAACUCAUAUCAACCACACACACUCUUUUCUUCAUGAAGAGCCCCGAGAAACAGACAUAAUACAAGACAAAAACAUUCCCUCUAAUGAACAGGCAUUCAGAUGUGUGACAUGAGUCUGUUCACAAUAUUUCAAAACUUGUGCAUACAUGCAACUAUACAUGUUGGCACACACAUGCACAGUCACUGCAUGCAAAUAUUUAAUGCAUUACAUUUUUCUGCUGAUAUCAAAAAUUACUUGCAGAAAUGUGCAGAUAAUAUCUAGUGAUAUUGAUUAUAUGCCAAUAACAUCAUGCAUCCCUAGAUGUUAAGAGACAUGUAGUGAUGGUUUUUAAUGGUAAAGUUGCCUAUUAAUUAAUUAGUCUGUUUUCUGCAAAUCUACUAUUUGAUUGAUUUUUGAUUUUGUUUUUUUCUAGAAUCAGGGACGAUAAUUUCGACAAUAGUCAAUGCCGCUGUCUUUUGAAUUACAUCUGUUUUAUAUGUUUCUGUCUACAUUUAUUUAAAUGUUCAUUCAAGAUCAGCAGUUUUGUUUUUCUUUUGUUAAAGCUCCUGUGAGGGACUUUUAACUCUGCUGGUUUGUGGUGCCCCUGUGGACAGAGCAGUAACCCUGUAAUUGUUGUUGAUUUCAUCUCAUCUUUAUGAAAAGGCUGUAAAUAGACAAAAAAAAGUCUCCUCCCAUUGUUUCUUUACAGCAAAAAUUUAAAAUUUAUCACUAUGAUGCUCUGCUUUGGGAAAAGUGACAAAGGCUGUGUCUACCCUCUUUAAGGCAGUUACAGACAUUAACAAUUACUAUAUAGAAAUUGUAAAUCUAGGGUUAGGGUUAGGUUUGUUGGUGAUCUCAUUCACUUUUGUAUAUCAUGACCAAUCAAAACCUUGUCACGGGAGCCUUAAUAAUAUACUAGUGUUUUUUAUCAAGUGCUUAAAAGUGUGAUAACAGCAUUAUAUAUUGGUAUUGGUAUUGGCCAUUGAAAACCUAAUAUCAGUCAACCACCAGCACCCAUAAACAAUAGUCGCUCUAUAAUUCUGUGGAAGAAUAAGUAAACAAAUCUUCCACACAAAACACACUUCUGAUGAGAGCUUUUUUCUUUGCUAUGGUUCACUAAACUUGUUUAAUUCCAGCUGAAUGUAACUAUACUGUGAAGAAAUGUGAAAAAAUUUAAGUUGUUAUGAUAGUCAACUUCAUUUUUCUGCUCUUAUUUCUCUCAGACUCACUGCUACAGACGAAUAAAUAUCAGUUUUUCAAACUACUUCUCUUAUUCCCGUGAUGCUCCGUAACACUUACCGAGCAUUAAAGUUCAAUUUUUAAACCUUUCAUUCUGAAGAGAAAUAUUUAGCUUAGCAAUGCCCUCUGAACAUAAAUUGUAUCUUUACACCUUCCAGCUCUGGGGAAAAGUUCUGUAAAAUCCUGCACAAAGCGGAGAGGUGUGGAGACAGAUUUGAAGGUGAUUAGAUAUUGUGUGGAGGGAAUUUGAAGAGAAGAGGUGGUGAAGGGGGGGAGCGAGGUCAGAGGCAAUCACAGACAGAAGUGAUAUUAAAGGAGGGCUGGUGACGAAAGUGCAGCGGGGUAAAAUAAGGCAAAGAAAGAUUGAGGAAAGUGCCGCAGAAGUGGAGAAGAAAAGACGGACAAAAGGAUUUGUUAAUAUAUGAUGGAGGUAAAAGGAGAUGAGUAGCUCAUCAGAAAAAGAGCAUGAGAUUAAUAGGGAGGGAGAGAGUGAAAUGAUAAAAGGGCAGAGGAGCUGACGAGGUAGAAAAAAAAGGGAGAUGGAUGGUAGCAGAGAGAAAGACUGGUGGUUAACGCCGGCCUGUAAAGAGCUUAGAGACGGAUUGUACGGAGGGAACAACCUGGACAGGAUUACACAGAGAAAGAAGACGAAGGCUGUUAGAGCGAGAUCCUAUCACAGCCCAUGAAUCUCCCCGUCCUGCCGUUACACAUUUCCACUGGUUGAACAGCGACCGCAAACUAGGCGGCAAUCACACUUUAAUUAAGGCGCGCUCGCAGUAUCGAGGCAUUAAUGAUCAGCGAUUGUUAUAGCAAACACUUAAGAGCUAAUCUAUGAAUUAGACAGUCAUUCAGCAGCCGUUAGUUUCUUAAAUCCACCUCUUAAUUAAUCAGUCAGUGAGUAAUGUCAACGACAGAAGGGUGGAGCUAUCUUUAACCACGCUACUUUCAGCUAGUGAACACGCCGAGGCUGAUGGGAGAUAGAAGAAAUGUCACUUAAAUCUUACAUAAACUCAUAUAAUGAUACCAAUUAGUCCUAAUUAGCUGUUAGCUUGUACCUGCCUUCCACAUGUUAGCAUUGCUUGACCAUGCGACCAAAGUUUUUCUAAAGUUUAGAAAGAAUUAAGGAAAAGUUUGACUAAGGAUGUUUACUUUUUCUAUCUUGUUCACCAAAAACAAUACAAAUCCAAAAAGGGCUAUUCCGUCUAAAUUCACAUGCUCAUUUUGUUACCAAGAUAGCUCUGUGUUGGCAUACAGCUCUACAUUGGCCAGGCAUUGAUAACAGAUAACCGCAUGAGUCAAUAUGAUACCUGCUAAUGCACAGUUUUUAUAUUCACGAAACACAAGUGAGAAGUGCCGGGUAAUCGAUAACUCUCUGCAACUCUUAAGACCUCUCAGAUCAUCCCUGAAUGUGAGCGACAGUUAAUUUACUCCAGAGUGAACUACGCUAACAAUCCUGUUCAUAAGCUGCUCAGUUCACUAAAAUAUGAGUGCAUUAAUUAAAUGUGUUCAUUUAGGCGCAUUAUCGCACAACACUGACUGCAUCCUCAUCUCAAGUUGACUGUGUCGCCUUCCUCUCUGUCCUGUCAGCAUUCAAGCUGUGUCGCUCAGCACCCCUACAGACUCUGCAUCAUUUGGAUAUUUGCAGGAAGCUUGCUGUUCAUGUGGUUGUUUCAGCUGUGUGCAGCACGGUUUUUUCAUUUGCAUAGCAUCUCUUUUGUUGAGUUGGUUUUGGACUAGCAUGUGUUUUUAAAGUAGUAUUUAAAGUAGAUCACUAAGGCUGUCAUAAAUCAUUUGCCCUUGUCAGUCACAGCAAUUCACCCAACUUAAAGCUCUUGUAAUAAGUUUUAAACAUUUAUUAAAUAAACUGAAAUCCAUAUUGAUGCCUUUUAAUGGUAUCCAAAAGCAAACAAGACCGUUAGGGACAAGAUUAUUAGCCUUUAUAGCUAGCUUUUAAUGCCUGAAAUUAGUAUAAGGGGGUAGGUAGACCUGUUUUUUACAAUUCCCACAGAAAAUAAUCACAGUCAUGAUACAAAACUCAAAACUAGCAGAACAAGAUUUUUUGGGGUUGAGGACAUGAGAAGCAAUGAGUUAUUUGUCCACCAGUUAAGUAAAAGUUAAAACUGCCACUCUCAAGAGAAACUAACCUUACUGCGUUUGACAUUAUAAUCUCGACUGUUUUCCUCAUAAAUCAAACCCUUGUGCGACCUGAAAACAGCCUCCAGAAAGGACGUGGAAAAAGAACAUCAAGUGCAUUAGAACGCAGCCCCGGUUGUGCUCAGAUUGAAGGAAUAUGAGUGUAGGAGAAUUAUAAUAAAAGGGCCAAGGAUCUGGUUUCUCCUGCGAGUUGCUGUUAAAAGGUCAAACAUCUUGUGACCUCUUUUUUGGCUCCCGAUCACAGCAAUAUCAGAUUAUUCCAAAAUAUAAAAUAAGAUUUGCAGAUGUGCUGGUACAGAUCAUGAGCGGCUCAUUAAAGAAAGCAAAUGUCUUAUUUCCUUAUUGGCUUACAGUUUGGUUGAAGUCUUCUGACACUGCCUCUUGGAGUUAAUCAGGGCCUCAUGAUGAAUAUGUGAUUAGGUCACAAGCAUUCAGUCUGUUUGGCUCAUUAAGACAGAGACUGUAUCCUGCUUUAUCUCACGACCUGUGUAAUUAGUGCUCGAUAUCAGGAGCCUUUAUGAUACAUGAAGAAUCAAUCAGCUAUCUGGCAACAGCUGCGGGGCUCAGGGAAAGGAGCCAGUUCGCCCAAAGCCGGUGAACCAAUGAGAAAGAGCCCAGCGAGCGCAGCAAGGUCAGGCGCUCAGGAAUGCCCCUGGAGCAGCAAUUUGUUUACCUCCUCCGUGAAUGUGUGUGUGUGUGUGUGUGUGUGUCUGGGAGAAAAGGACAGGUAUGGCAUGAUAAUAAUAUGCCUCAUGCCCUCUGCGCACACUUGCAAAGGUGCAUCCCUCCAUUCCAGAUUGAAUUACACAGGGCUGAUUGGAUUUUUCUCCUCGGCAUCAAAGACAAAAACACUCCUGUCUCGUUCUUCUCCUUUUUCUGCCUCUGGUUCUAUCUAUCCCAUCAUCAACCGCUUCACUUUUUCCUCUCAAGUAUCCUCCAUCUGCACCCAAACUCCGCCUUUGAUGCAUCGAUUUUGCUCCUUCUUCUUGCCAUUCAUUCCUCAGGGUCUGUAAAGUCGCAUGACAGUCAUUAGCCUGAUUAAACAAGCUGUAAUUAAAGGAGCGCGCACACACACACACACACACACACAGAUGCUGCCUUGUGAUUCCUAUCUGAGCCAAAAUGUGAUUCUCAUCAUGUUUGUGUCUGUUUGUAUGCGCGUUUUCUCGCAUGUGUGUCAAGGGUUUUUCGAUUCAGGGCUGAAAAGAGACCAUUGAUUACCGUUUCUGAAUGUACUCAAAGUGCCCCUCUCCCUCGCUCUCUGCAGCACAAAGGCAUCAUGGUCCGUGGGCACUCGCUCUCACACGCAGCCGCAUUUCUGAGCCCUUUUGAAAAGUUCCUUAGAAACACGAGAAAAGUUCCAGCCACAGGCGCCACGCCCUCCCACUGGCGCUGCAGAAAUAGGCCCAUUGAGCUAGGCUGUAAUCACACACACACACACACACACACACACACACACACACACACACACACACACACACACACACACACACACACACACACACUCAUAAAGAAUCUGCAUUCACUCACCACUCUCUCUCCAGCACUUCAUAGAAGUCGCAACAAAAAUGCAGCCAUAGAUCCACCAGCCAACCAGCAGCAUUCAACGCUACAUCUCCCCAACCAGACAUCAAUACACACACACACACGCACGCACACACGCUCAGACACUCCCUGAACGCCGCUGACAAACCUUAAAACACACACCCUAGUAAGCACACAAAAACACACGGCAGCGUAUUGUGGAGUGUGGGAGCGGCAGUUGUGUCAGAAUCUCAAGGCAUCUCUGGCUGCAGGAUGGUGACACACACAUGUACACAGAAACACACACAGGAACACACUCAGAAACACACACUCACUCAGAGAUGCAUGUUUCAUAAGGUCAUAUAUAAUGGAAGAGGAUUCCACGCAGAGAGGCCUUGUUUGUGUGUGUCUGUUGUUGUGUAAUUGUGUGUGUGUGUGUGUGUGUGUGUGUGUGUGUGUAGCUCCUAGAUGUGGUCUCUAAUCCUGCUGGAUUGUCAGAUUAGUGUAACAGCUGGCUCCUACACACAGAUAUACAUCUCUCUGUAUCACCCCUCCUCCCAUCAUACUCCCUCCUCUGUACUCGGUCAGGAGCCAGGAUCUAUGCAUUAGUGUCUGCGUCUCUGUGUGUGUGUGUGUGUGUCUGAGUGUGUGUGUUUGUGUGUGUGUGUGGCGGUCUCACAGCUCCAGUCCAUUACUCGGUUUGAGACCAGCUGAUGUGUCACUACACAGUCAUGUGACCUCUGCAGAAAGUACAGUGAGUUUCAGUGUCUGCUGCUCAUUUGGUCAGAGAUACACAGAUAUCAUCAAGGAUAUGAGUCAGCUGAUCAGGCUCCUAUAAAACAUAGACGUUUCUCUCGAAUUAACCCUACAUUUUACUUUUAAAGAUGUUUUCCUGUGCAUUUACGGUCUUGAUGAGUUUCUCACCCUUGUGGUUUUCUCGCUGUAACAGGGACUCAUUGACACAUUCAGAGGAACCUGUUCAGAAGAGUCAGAUCUGUCAGGUCUUUCUGCUGACCAACUUUCAUCAUGAGUCAGAGUUUGAUUUUAGAAACCAAUUGUUUAAAGCUCCUGUGGGUAACUUUCAGUUUGUGCCACUUUUGGUGCCCCCUGUGGACAAAGCAGCACUUUCCAUCACUCUUUUUAUUGCCUGGCAAGUAAAAAUGUCCCCCCGCUUUAUCUUAGCAGCAGAAUGAAUCCCUAAAUGUGAAUAUCAGCCGUGAAAAGCUUCAAAAAAUCUGUUCCUCCAUCAUGAUUGUCUGACACCUCACUGCAGUUUCAAGAAUGACAAGAAACAAGAAGUCAGUGUUUGCCUUCCCCUUUUUUGUGUGCUUUUGCAAACACUCAAAACCUCUUCGAAGUAGCUAUAACUAAUCAAUUAAUCACUAAAUUGGAGAUAUUUGUACUUUUUUUGAUGCAGCUUAGUUAAACAUUACAAGUGCUCCUUCUCCAACCACCCGAAAAAUCAGAGACAAAACCAUAAACAGACACUUUUUUGACUCAUCUGAACAGUAAUCACUCAGCAGUAGCAGCAUUCAACAGAAACUGAGGAAAUACCAGCGUCAGGGUCAGAAAUGAAACCUUCCCACAUACAUUUCUGCACUCUUGAAAACUGUCCAAAACUUGCGUUUUCGCUCAUGUCCCUCACAGCGGGAAGUCUUACCUGUUAAAAGAAGGAGGAAAAGGGUCUCAGGAGGCAGGAUUUAAUGUAAGAGGAGUCAUUUUUAUAUUGCAAGUCUGUCGUCAUCACCGCACCGGAGACUCCACAUACACACUCAGACUUGCACUCUUGCACAGGCCUGCCAGCUCACAGUGAGCCAGUCUAGCCUCUGUAACGCCUCUGUUACUGCCUCUGGUGCCGGCACAGUGGUCCAACCAUCAGCCCUCUUUCUGUAACAAAGCCACGCCAUCAUCGCACCGAUGUUAGGCCUGCAGCAGCAUAAUAUUGUUGUUCCUGGAUGUGAUUUUACAUUGCAUCAUUGGGUUGUGGAGGUAUGAGAAGUAAACACACAGCAGGAGCUUUACACACACACACACAGCACUGUCUGCCCAGCUCACAGUGAGCCUGUCUAGCCUCUGUAAAGCCUCUGAUGUCGGUGCAGUGGUGGGCCGACUUGGUUUCACCACCCAACUCUCUUUGAUAGAAAUACUAAAGGUGAAAGGCGAAACAUUUCUGCAGAUAUAAUCAAUCAGCCAAAAAGGUGAUGCAUUAGGGAUGUGAAUGCAGUGACAGAGUACAUAUGUAGAAGUACUUGGAGGUAUUGGAAACACACAGCAAAAGAAGUCUACAUUACCAAAAUCCAUGAAUAAUCUAUGGUAGAAUCAAAUUCUGUUACAGAAUAAACUUUGCAUUCUUCAUAAUGCAAAAACAGCUGGUUUUAUGUUGGUAUCAAUAUCAGUAUCAGUCAACAUGAGUGUGUCAGUUUCUCCUGAGUGGAAAAGAGUAUGCCAGUGAGCACAAAGAGUGUAAAACAGCUUUGUUACAUACAAGACGUUCACACCAGUGGUGCUUUUAUUGCAUGGUGUAAACAUCGUCAUUCCCUCGUACUUGCUUGAGAGGAAUUUAGACAUUAGCAUUUUAUAGAUACUUUAAUGGGGGUCUGGCAUUGAAAAAGUCUGGGUAUUUGUCUUGGAAUUGUUUGUUUGCGCUCUUACAUACAGCUCAUGUUUAAUGCAGAGGCACAGUAAAAGAUUAAGACUCCAGUUUACUGUUUGUCUGCAUAUACACUAUUAAGUAAAUCAGAGUAAAAUCCAUCACAUUUUUGUAGACCUGAGUAAAUUUCCAUGAGGGUCAGAGCUAAAAGACAGAAAAGCAUAGCUCCAUGAUAAUUCAGUGAAGAUCUGUUUUCAUGUUGCAAACAGCGUGACUGCAGUAAAAACAGUGAACGUCACUGUCUUUGUUUAUGAUGCAUGAUCACUGCCGUCCUUUAUCCUGCAAACAAAUCAGGGCGUUUCCUGUGACUCCUUCACAAUAAAGCCAUUCAGCUCAUCCUCACUGCUCUUUUCAUGUGGAGCAGCAGCCGCAGGAAACGCUGGAUUUGCAUUAGUAACCUGAUACUGCUCUUUGCAAACACUGAGUUUGAUAUCAAUGAGAUGAAAUUACACAACACUCAUACAACAUUCAUUCAUUGUCUACUGUGAUUCCCUGCUGCGUAGGAAGGUAAUCCGAAUCCCUCUCGUCAAUGACAGACAUCUUCACCUCCCAUUAAUACUUCUCCUCAAAGAUGAAGCUGCAGGAAAAUACAGGACAGAAAUGUAUUUAUAGUUGGCAGGGGGUCAAAAUGUCUGAUUGAAUGACUUUUGCAAUCAAGUUGCAAGAAAAGAGGAAUUAUCCACGCAGUCAAUGAAGGGAGACGGGAUUCUGUUGUGUUUUUGUGUGAUUUAUUGGCAGUGAACCUCAGUUUCUCAUUUUUGAGAGACAUCAUGACCUCCAGAAUCAAUUGUGUAAAAGAGGGCGGGCUGCCGGGCGGGCGGCCUUCCACCUAAUGAUGAUUAAUCGGUGAGCUAACAAUGAAGCGAAUUUUGUGCCACGCUCCGUUGGAGGUACACUGGACUGCCACAAAUGGAUUUUGCUUCAUUGUUUUCUAACAGACGAGACAAAUAUUGAAAAAUCUUCUGCAUGAAAAGGGAUUUAGAUUAGCUUUCAGGAAUACAGAUGCAGGAUUUCAGCUCCAGUCUGCACCUGUUUGGUCUCAGACCAAGCCACAGCGCCGUAUACCAUUUAUAUUUUUAGGCUCUCCGUAGGGGCAUUCAUCACUUAGAUCAUCUCUGUCCCUAUAACUCAGAGCAGUAAGAUAAUAUUAGUGCUGGGAUGCUUUUCAGCUGUGGUUUGGUGCUGCUCUGAGACAGUUUCAGGGUCUGAGUGAGCUGGAAUCGCAGGCUGAAGCUGGUGUAAUGCCAUCCUCCCACAGGUUUUGUACGGGGGAAAUUAAUACGGCCAACGUGGCCACGAUUUGGAUCAGGCACGGUUUGCACUAUCAGGAAUUUGAUCGGCAGAAUGCACUAAAAAUAACAGUGGGAGGAAAAGUGUUUCACUCAUUUCCUGGCUCUUACACAAACAUGUUUACAGUCUUUGCUCAGCAGUUCACAUUUAUUGGUCAUGGGGUGCGCGCGUGUGUGAAAAACUGAGACAAACAUGCAGGAAAAGAUCAGAAAUGUAUUUGGCAGGGGGACUUAAUCUGCGUUUCUACCUUCCCACUCAGCGCCACUUUAAAAAAACAUGCCUACAAAGAUAUUUUUUUUGCUGUUUGAGAGAUAUCACAACACAAGAAGUACAAAUGCACCCAUAAAUGAGCCUUUUGUUUAGUGUUGUGCCCUGUGUUACUCUGAAACUAACAUCCUCUGCACUUUUUCAAUUAAUCCCAAUGUUUGAUUUUAUUUAAGACACGCAGAGCCACUUCUCAUCUUUUAAACAGCUAAUCAGCGUUAAAUUGCUCUGCAGGCACCCUCUUACAAACACGAAUUGAUCCCUGCUUAUGACCCCCUGCUGCAGCUGCUACUGCAAAGAAUAACUUGACACAGAAUAAUAAUUUCACUUUAAAAUCUGGAGCCACUUUAUUUGGCGUUUUCUGCAUAAAGAAAGAGGCCUGGAGGCGUAGACUACAGAGACGUUCAUCGCAGACAUCAACGCUAUGACAGUAAAUGUAUGCAUUAGGAAAAUCAUUGGAUCAUUCUGAUGAAUGCUGAAUGGUUUGAACCCACAGGGAGAGGGUUUUUAUACAUUAUUUAUAUGUGAAAAUGUGGGCAUUCAUCUUAUUUAAAGGUACCAUCCUGAGAUUUUUAUACUGCCUAACAGCGACAGCGUUUAUAGAGGAGUUUCAAAGCUUAACAGCGAGCUGAGAGGAAGGUUUGCGAUUCAGGAUCUCAGUUAGAAGCUUAAAAAUGGAUGCAUAAGUGAGCAGGCCCCUGAGCAAGAGUUUGAAGUUUUAAAAGUGACAUUUUCAUCCUUUUGUAUCAAAUAUAUGUUGAUACAAAGUCUGAUCUGAUAAAGAUUUUCAUGCUUUUCUUAACAUUUUUCUUGUGUGGCUCCUCAUAGCGUCUGCAGGCGAGAGUAGAGCUGCUGUAUCUAAAAGGCAGAGCAGUCCUGCUUCAAGAAAUAUAACCCACAUAUCAGGUUUUAUUUGGUGCAUGCUGAGUGUGUCUUUGUUUGCAUGGUAUUGUUUUUUUUGCCAAUUAACUUAACUGGCAAGUGGGAGGAAGUCAGAGUAUCAGGAGAAAACCCCCCACAGGCUCAGGGGUAGAACAUGCAAGCUCCACAGAAAACUGCUUUGCAUGUUCUCCCCGUGCCCACUGAGGUUUCCUCCAGGUGCUGCAGCUUUCUCCCACAGUAUAAAAACAUGCCACUUAGGUAAAUUGGGGGAUUUUAUUUUGUCUGUAGGUAUGAGUGUGGGUGUGAGUAGUUUUCUGUCAACUCAGUGAUUGACUAGUGAUGAUACAUGAAGUACUCCUCCUCUCGCCAGAUGCCAGAUGUCAGCUGGGAUCAGCUCUAGCCCUUGAAACCCUUUAAGGAAAGCAACAUUUGUAAGCAAUAAUUAAAUGCUUGGCAUAAUGAGCCGCAGUGAGAUUCUGCAUCCAUUACUUAUUUUAUUUUGGGAUUAAAAAAAAAGACUCAAUAUCACAUUUCUUUUGGCAAAUAAACUUUGAAUCAUUAAGAAUUGUGAGUUAAGCAACAUCAUGAGAGAAAAUACAGCUGCGCAACAAGAAAAUAUAGAUGUCAUUAACGUCACCAUUAUUUUCACAUAAUUAUAAAGUUUCUGGCUGAGGCUCUAAUGACAUUUUGUUGUGCUUUUAUUUUCUGCAUUUGCUCAAAGGCACCCAUCUGGAGAAUCAGCUCCACCAGCUGUUUAUCUUGACGCACAAACUCCUGAUAAUAAAACAGUCAUGGAUGGAGACACAAAUAAAGCUGCUUUUUCUUGUACAAUUUCUCCCAAAAAAAUCAGGAAAUAUUUUAUAAAUGUGCUUCAAAUUUGUCAGAAAAUCAACAUAUGGCUGAUGUGGAUCUGCCUUUCUUAAUUUCAAGCACAAACAUUACAGUUAGUUCUGACAGCAGAACCUCAGAGUCAAAAUCAGCCAAGUCCUACAGAGACCAGCUGUAAGAAAUCUCUUUUACUGUGAUGAGCAGCAUGGUCUGAUAUUGUAUCUCAUAUUUCUGUAUUGUGUUGUAUCAUGUUGUAUUUUAAUGUAUCUUAGGAUAUAACAUUAUAUUUUAUCUUCUUUUAUUGAAUCAUUUUCUUGGGAGUCUUAUCAAACAUAUCAUAUUCUCAAUAAAUCCCAUCUGUUUGUAUUAUAUGAUACAGAGCUCCUUCCCUUUCUCGAUCCCUUUAUAAUAAAUCUGAGUGGCUCAUAUCGUACAUAUGUGUCAUAUUAUGUCAUAUUCAGUGAUAUUAUGUUAUACUGUAUCACAAUGUAUCAUGUACUAUAUCAUGGUAUAGUUUAUCAUUUCAUGUCGCAUUGCACAAACUUGUAUCAUAACGUACGUAUGUAUGAUGUGUCAUAUCAUAAUGUAUCAUAUCGACAUAUAAAAUAACCAAAUAUUAGAUCGUAACAUGUCGUAUUGUUCCAUAAUUGAGUGUUAAAUACCCAACUAUAUCCUGUCAUAUUAUAUAACAUGUCAUAUCCAAACAUGUCAAAUCCUGACAUGUUGUAUUGCAACCUAAUGUCACAUAUCAUAUUAUAUCACAAAGAUUGUCACCACUGUCUUAUCUCUUCUCAUAGUUUUGUUCUGUCUCAUAUCUUGUCUUCUAUCUUAUCUUGCUGUGUCAUAUCCUGUUAUAUCAUGAUAUAAUGUAUCAAAUCACAUAAUUGCCUAUCAUAUCAUAUCUUAUGUCCUAAUGCAGUAUCAUUUCCUGGCUUGUCUCUUAUAUUAUGUUAUUUAAUCUUACAGUCAUUUCUCCUGUUGUAUCAUGUCACAACGUACCAUAUCUUGAUCCUUUCUCAUAGUUUAAUGCAGCAUCAUAUCUUGCCUUAUCUCAAUUUGUAUAACGCUAUAACAUCUUGCCGUAUAUUAUACUGUAUUGUAUCAUAAUGUAAUGUCUCAUAAUUUCCUAUUAUGUCGUAUUUUAUAGUUUAAUGCACCAUAUCUUUUGUUAUUAUUGUUAAGAGGUAUUUCUGGGCGUUUUGCCUUUAUUGGGAGAGGAUAGGACAGGCAAUAUUUAAUACUUAAUGUCUGGCAAUAUUAUUCUGACUUUCAUGCCAGUAAAGCUCAUUUGAACUGAAUUGAAUUAAAUUGGAUAGGACAGUGGACAUGACAGGGAGUGGGGUUAGAGAUUAAGGGGUAACAUGCAGUAAGGAGUCACUGUCACGAAACAGACUAGGCUGACCACCUUUGUUUAUGGUGCCCCUGCCUUAAGUUUUACGAUCUUAUGUGAUCUUGCAUAAAUCACAAUUGUUUCUCCUGCAAAUUUAAAGGAAUUUGCAGGAAGUUUAAUGUGCUCUGAAUUUAUGAGAAAAUGGACAUAGGGUCGGUGAGAAUGUUGCAGUACUUUGCUGCUCUAACAACACCAGCGGAGCUUAAGUGAGGUUCAUCAUGUUCAAGUGAAUCAGAAGUUUCAGUCAGUUUUCAGAAUCACCCCAGGUAACCCGAGACUUGCCUGCUUUGAUCUGUUUGGCCGUAGCGUGCAGGUGUGAGCUGUUCAAGACCCACAGGAGUGUGCGCCUGACGUCAUAGCUACAAGAUACCGUCUCAUCACCUGACCACCUGUGUGUGUGUGUGUAUAUGCGUGUCCGGCAUGCGCUAGUGUGUGUCUUCGAGUGUGUGUGUCUUGUGACAUUGCUGAGCCUUUCUGUGCUAAUCUCUGCUGAAGGUGGCAGGUGUCUUAACCAGGCCAUCACCUGGUAACCUACUCACACACACACAUACACACACACACACACACGCACACUGCCCUCUGCCUUCUCGCUUGACACUAAGUGUGUUAGCGUCCAGGUUUGGCCGCCAUCCAACCUGUCCAGCUGGUAAAGAGGUGAAGAGACGAGGGGGAAAAGAAGGAGAUGGAGGGGGAUUAGAGGUGACUUUUGACAGGGUCAGGCAGAAAAAAUGGUUGUGGCGUGAUAUAAGUGUAAACAAGCAGCAUUUUUUCCCCUGUAAACGUGCAAUUACUAGAAGGGCAUGUGCCAAGUGCUCAGAGCUUUCCCAGGUAGAGAGUUACCCACGGUCCAUUUCAGCAGGGCUCAAACUCCGCACUCUUAUCAGUGCAGGUCAGGCGGCCAUGGAGAGGAGCAGACACAGAGAUGGCCGUGAUUCAGCGGCUGCCUCAUGAAGCGUGGGCACCUCCACCUACAGAGAAUUAAACUGCAGGGAGGCUGGAAACACGGCUCUUAAAGAUCACUUUACCUCAUUUUCUGUCUCAUAUUUCUGCCAGAUUAUUAUUACUGUCAUGCUGCGUUCAAGCUCCCCGUUGAAACGUCUGAUUUGAAGCACUCCAGCUCAGCCAGGACACCCACAUUGAAAUAUAAGCCAUUCAUUACCACAAUAACUCACAUUUAUUCUGGUGAUGCAGCUCAUGAGAGGCCUUGGUACGAAUCUGAGCUAGCUUGACUCUCUGAUAAGAGGCAGAAAUACACACUGCAAGGAUGAUGCAGGCAAAAUUUAAAGCAUUUUUAUAUCAGAAUCAGAAUUUUUAGUCUUGAAUGUGUUUUUCAGAGCUCAAAUACACAAAACUAAUCCAAAUAAAGAGCAAAAGGCUGAGGGGACCCUGUGAAAGAGCAGAGAGGACAAAAUGUACGUUCUGUUUUUAUUCAUCUAAGCCUGUAAACAUGAGGGUGCAGCUCUCAGAGGGAGUGUUUUUGUGACUAAAUGAGCACCAAAUGUUUGUUUAGACCACAUAGUGUUUGAGGUAUGUCACUAGAGUUAUUUCCUGAGCAUAUGAUUAUCUAAAGUACCACAUGGCAUUUAAGAGUGUCUCUGCUGGUCUCUGUGGGUCCCAACCUGUCUGCCUCGAGCUGCAAGAUGCUUAAUGGAUCAAGAAGGGAGAAAAAACUCUGUUCAGCCACCCAAUUUAAAUGUAAUUUCUCUGACCUUUCCGGUGGAAAGUUUUUUAGAUUCGGAUUAAUAAAGUCACAUUGAAAUGAAAGAGGAAGCAUCUUUAUCUCUAUGCAUCACAAGAUGUAUUUCAGGUUCACUUGGACUCAGAGGUGGCUGGUGUUUUCAGUCUAGGAGCCAUUCAGAGUAUCAACCACAGAGUACCAAACUUAGAACAUCUUCAUAACUUUGAUUGUCAUACUUUCUCAUGACAUGUUUCAUUGAUUCCCGCAUUUUCUUGUUACCAUCUAUCACAUUAAAUCAUUCUUUAACCUAUAUCCUGCACUGUCUUACCUGUCCAGUAAACUACUUCAUAUUUUCACAAUGCAUUAUUAUGCAUUAAGAUAUACUCUAAUACAAUAAAUAGAACUGUAUCAUAUAUCAUAUCCUAUUCUGUUGAACUGAAUCAUAUCUUAUUAAAUCAGAUUGAAUCAGAUCAUAUCAUUACAUGAAUCUCCAAACAUCAUAUUGAACUUUAUCAUAUCAAACUGUACCUUACAAACAACAUGCAAAUCCUACUAGGUUAUUUCAUUUUGUAUUCAACUCUUUUUUUAAAAACAUUUCUAUCCUUAAAUAUUGAAUCUCAAAGCAUCAUGGCAGGUUGUAUUGUAUUGCACAUCCAGUGUUGCCCUAUGCUAACGUAUUGUAAGAGAUUGCAUUAUAUGAAAUCAUAUCACCCCAUAUUUGGACCUAUUCUAGCCUGAACUUUCUUAUCUUGAGUUAGUGUCUCUUGUUACUUUGUAUGAUAUCUUAAUAUACCUUGUUGUGUUGUAACCUAUUGUAUGCUGUCUAUGGUGUAGUAUGAUAUAGUGGUAUGAAAUCCUACUUUAUUGUUAUUGCAUUGUAUCACAUCGUGCCAUGUCAUAUUGAAUAGUAGUGUAUUGUAUUGCAUCAUAUUGUAUCGUGUCAUAUUCUGUUGUCAUAUAGUAUUGUAUCAUAUCGUGUCAUAUUGUGUCGUAUCAUAUCGAAUGGUAGUGUAUCGUAGUGCAUCUUAUCGUAACAUAUAUUGUCUAGUAUGGUGUCGGACCAUAUCGAAUGGCCUUGUUUCGUAUCGUGUUGCAGUGUUUCAUAUCAUAUUGUAAUGGAUGGUACAGAGUAACUUGUGUCAUUUUGUCUGGUAUUCAUCAUACCUUAACAUAUCAUAUCAUGUCAUAAAAUGGUAAAAAGUGUGAUUAUUGCAGCAUGGUUUCACCAUACUGUGGCUUUAAAACUUAAUAUGUAUAAGAGCAGCUCAUCCAAUUGUUAGGUGAGAAAAUCUGAACACACAAUUCUAAUUAAGUCUGCAGUAGCUGCUACAACAGAAAAGCUGUUAUGCUUUUCUAUCUUUUAAACAGAAAAUGUGAGAAGUUUAGUGAAAAAAGAUCUGUCUCUAAUAAAAGUGCACAAAACUCCUGGUUGAAGUUGAUGACACAGCACUUCAUUUUGAAGAAUAACUAACCAGAGAGGUAUGGAACGUUUCCCCAGGGACCCGUUUUAUAAAACGCACAAUAAAUUACUUAUUAAAAUGUAUGUGUCAGCCGGGAAAAUUGGAUUAAAAAUAUACAGAGUUUAACUUCAGGACUGUAACUAAGACAAAUUACAGGAUGCAAAUGCCUCUACAUCAUGCUCGGAUAUUAGGGAGGAUAUAUAUAUUUAUAGGAUUACUCAUCCCCUUCCUACAUACACAGCGUGGUGUGAAAAAUGGCCUUAAAACCGAACACAAUGGACACGACCUCUGUCUUUGUCAUUGUGUUUCUGUCUCCUGCUCUCCCUCCACUCUGUGCAGUAAAUGGAGGGACAGCUAGAAGAGUGGGACUCACAGAUGGUGCCAGCUGAGGGAGUAUUCAAAUCAUUCUUCACAGUAUGAAAGCGCUGAGAUGCUGCAGCAGCCGAGAACAUUUGCUCCGAUAAAAUCUCACAUAUUAAAAAGCACAAUUAACGAUUAUUUCUCGGAAGCAGAGCAGCACUGUAUCUAGAGCUUAAAUGCCUGUGUUUGUGUGUGUGUGUGUGUGUGCAUGCAUGAGAGUGUGUAUAUGUGCCAGGCAUUGUGCAGUAGCAGCCGCAGCCUCUCGGGUUACUGAGGAAUGCAUUUGAAGUCAAUCACAAUGAAGCUUCUAUCUUCCCAACAAGCCUGAAGGGGAUCUCCAUUCUCCAACCUGAACUGGACCAGCUUGAAAAUCAACCAAAAAACCAUCCUCACAUCACACACACAUCUGCUUGAGCUGUGAUUGUGUGUGUGUGUGUGUGUGUGUGUGUGUGUGUGUGUGUGUGUGUUGUGCCUCCUAUUGUUAUCUGACUUCCUGCAUCUCAGUGGAAACAGAGCUGCAUACGCCCACUGUUAUUACAGAUAACAUACACACACACAAAUACACACUCCAUGGUCUGAUUCUCCUAUAACUGUUGUAUUAAACCUUGAAACACACACCUUGCCGUUGCCUUAUAAGCAUCACACACACAGGCACACACUUCCUUUUCUUCUUCUCUUCUGAUCCGUUCAUUUAAAUUCCUCCUAAAUUGAAAUGUGGAACAAAUCAGCUUCUUUGGAUUAUUAAAAUCUGUGAAAUAGCAACAUUGUCUGCUCAGGUUGGAGAUCCAGGCUUUGUAGCUGUAAUGUAGCUGACACACACACAUUUGUGGAUGGGCUAUAGGGUGAAAUGUGCUCUGCAAACCUCGGUGUCAGCUUUGGAUCACAUUGCAAAUGUCGCAAUAGCUCUCAGAAAACGCACCUGCUUUGUCAGGACAUGAAAGAAACCCUCCAAACACAGACUCUUUGUCUGCUUCUGUGUUUCUGUCCUUCAAUUUUGAUGUUUUUCCCUCUCUUUCUAUACAAGCAUACAUAAUUAUAUACUCCAUCCCCGCUCCUAGAUUAUUUUAAAAUGACUCCAAAUGGCACCACGUCUUCUCACAAUGGCCGCUCUUCAUAUGUUGCCAAAUACCAGGAUUGCUUCGCCUCCGAAGUACGGCUGUCAUUUUACUGUUUCCUUUUAUAACGAAUGGGAACAAAAUGCAGCGGUGGAGAGAAAUUGAGGGCAACAUACAGAUGAUUUUGGCCCCGGGUUAUGCGUGCGGUGGAGGGGAGCUCAUUGCGUCUCGUUGUGGUUAGUUAGUUAUGUGGCGCAGGCAGAAAGUACAGCUGUUUAUAGCUGCUGAAACAGAGGCAAAAUGCAGAGCUGGCCCUAUUGGAUCACAUAAAAACACACACACACACACACACACACACACACACACACACACACACACACACACACACACACACACACACACACACACUCGAAUACGUCUGAGGGGCAUUUGGUGUCUGCAUGUACGCAAGCACCGCAAACAAAGCCUGUUAUUAUGCCCAUUCAGACACACACACUCACUCUAAUUACAUACAGUGACGCACCACUGCCCGCCAUACUGUGAAUGAACGCGUAUAAUAUCAUAAAUUAAACAUGCAGAGGCAUUACACAUCGCUGUUCAGGGCUGAGACAAACAUAGACGACGUACGUUUAAACACCAGCUCCAAAACCAGAGACUAGCCUUUGCAGCUUCCACGUCCUGGAGGGUGCUGUGUGUAUAGGGGGCUUGUUAGAGGCCCCUAGGGUGGGCUCUGGGGGCUGGGUGUGUGUUUAUUUAAACGUGUGGAUGUGUGUUUUCAGGGGGGGAAUUCAGGGGGCUCGCCUAAAGAUAAGAAAUGGAGUGGGGAGAUGAAAGGAAAAUGGGGCGAGGACGGGGAUACACUGGCACUGAGUUUGUUGGGACUAACGGGGGCGGUGCGGGAGGGUCUAAUCAAAGAGGGAGUCAGAGGAGCAGACUGUUUUGAUGUUAGUUUUUAGGGUUGUUUAUUUGUCGUUACAUAACACCUUUGCUUAUGUGGUUAGAGCUCUUAUACGUGUGAUUGUGUGUGUGCGUUUGGGACUCUGUGUGUGUGUCUGGUAGCUUCUCACUAGGAGACAGGAAUUUCUGUGAGGGGCUAAGGUUGCCCAUAGCAACGGCCUUCAUUGUAAAACUGAUCCUUGGAAUAGAACUCACACACACACACGCACAUAGACAUAUGCAGAGACACACACAUUCCCACCAUGCUUGCACCAAAACGCCCUUUCAGUACUUUUCGCCACUUUCAGGGUUCGACAUCGCCAGGUCUCCACUCAACCUUUUACACACAAGUAAACACUCAAAGUGGGAAGCGCUCUUUUUCUCUCUCACACACAUCCGUCCACUUUGUUGAGGCACAUCUUCUCCCAAACAACUCCAAGUGAAUUUGAUUUUCAGUAGGUACAUCUAACAUUUCAGCUGCACCUCACACCAAGACGUGAUGGACGGAGAUGCUCGGGUUUCUAGAUUCCAUUAUGCUUUUAUUGGCUUUUAAAGGCAUCGAGUUUCCUCUGUCUGGAGCCGGGGAGGAGCUUCCCCGCCUCUCUGAAUGUGAGUGGGUUUGUUGUGGUGCUUGUGUGCACAAUUAGCAUCACACUGGCUAGCAAAGACAGAGCUGUGCAGGGCCUCAGGAUGGUCUUUAGAUUGCUGAGGAGAUAGGGUUGUUUUGGUCACAUUUGCAGCAGUGGACUGACUCUCUUCCAAAACCUGGAGCUAAUCGGAGCCCUUUGUUCCUAGCAUCACAACAGAUCACUACUUAAUGUGCACUGAGCUGAAUCUGGGUUAGAGAGGCAGUGAUGGAGGAAGAGUUCAGCUCCUUAAAGUUUGAAUAAAAUUAGCAACAUUACACUUUAAAAGAGACUAAACAUCAAAGUUUUACAGUCAGAAUUUCUUUGCAAAAGCAGUAUUUCUUUCUUACUUCGUUUACUUUGUUGUAAUGGGAUUAACUCUCAUGUCAUCAUCCAUUUCUAAAUUUACGAUUCACUCACAUCACCAGCCCCCUGACUGAAACUCCUCCUGCCAAGACAUUGCCCCCAAAAAUGAUACUUAGUCAUGCUUUUAGUUUGAUAUUUUUCCAGUCUUGCAUUGAGGUUGUUUUAUUUCUGUGAUUGCAAAAUUAUGUCUUUAUUUUGAAAUAAACUCUUAUUGGUAGAUCUUCAGUUAAAGAACUGUUUUAAUCAGAUACAAGCUCUAAAAGUUGUCCUAAAAUGUCUGUAAGAGUGCCCAAUCAUCUCCCGGAGAGAUGCUACAGCUAACUCACAGUCAAAUCCUCACAGGAGCUUUAAAGCAGAGGGAAAAUAAAAGCAGCAAAAACCGACAGUUAAAAUACGACCUUUCAAAGUUACCAUGUAUCAUUAAAAUAAGUUUUUAGAGUAUAAUUUUUUUUAAAAUAAUCCAAUCAAAAGCAGUGGUAAAUGGGUGAGUCAGUCUUCAAUCCCAAAUUAAAAAAAGACUGUGAACCUCAAUGCACCAGAUUUGAUUCAAACUUGUGGCCCUUUCAUUAUGCCCCUCUCCAAACUAUUAUAUGCAGUGUCCCAUCCUCUCCAAAGAAGGGCAAACAAGCCCAAAAAUAAAGAGACUGAUGUGUUCAUUAAUGAGACAGUUACACAAAAACAGUGUUGUUCACUGAAGUAUCCAUCAGAUAGAAACAUGGGUGAUUAAAACGGCUGAAAUGACUUUAAAUGCUGUACCAAGAUAAAACAGACAAGAAAGGGAGCUUAACUAGUCACAUCUUGCACAUGCUCAGUCAAUGACAGAUAGGAAGAACCUUCACUGAUCUGGAUGAAAGAGAACCAGCCAGAACCACACAUACAGCAGAGCACAUCACUGCCUCACCUACAAAGAACUAAUGUUUAAGUCACGAUCUGAUUUUCCAGUCUUCAUAAAAGCGACGGAAACAGCAGCUUUGGCGUUCACUUAUCUAAUAUCUGUGUAAUCUCCUAUCACUCACAAACAGCUGGUACGGUUUAGUCUUCGCUCGGUGGCUGCUUUACAGGAUCCUGUGUUUGCUGAGAAUCUGGCAGAGUGGAUUUUUCCCGCUUAGCGCCCAUGUCCACAAAAUAACCUUCAGAAUAAAGUGCAGCUUAAUGACUGUCUCCCUGAGCGAGUUCAAAGCUCUGAUAAAAAGGAACUUUGUAACUGAACAGAGCAAUUACUAUUCUUUAGAUGGGUUUGUAUUAACGCAAAGUCUUUGUUGUCUCUUCUCUAGUACAAAGCUACAUUUCUUCUACACACCAUUUGUAUUUGACAAGUUUUUGAACUUCUGUAUAAACCAUAUCAAACCUCCUCAGGGAGGCCUUUUUCAUGAGGUGUUUUCAGUCUCGAUGGACAUCCUGGUUAAGUAAAGGUUAAAAAAGUAAACAAAGCUGCUCCUAUGAAGUAUUUAAUGUUAUCAGCUGAGGUGAAAAUCAGGUCGCACUCUGAGAUGAACCCUGAGUUUGGUUCAACCUUACAGAGAGCACUAAGAGCUCCAUCGCCUCUUUCAAGUUGAUGGUUCACAGAGGAUGUAAAAAAGUGAAGUAUGAAGCAGCUUAAAAUGUGGUGGAGACCAAAAACAGAGCUAGAGGAAGCUGUGAUUGGAUUUUCACUCAUCUGAUAGACACUGGGACAACUACUGGGUGCUAAACUGUAUGCCUCAUAUACUUUCCAAGUAUAGAGUCCUGGAUGCAGCAGCUCAUACUGCGUGUUAUCCCUCACUCUUUCUUCAUGUCAAAGGAAACAAAUCGAUAUUUUUUCUAGGCUUUUUUUUUGUCUUAGUUUGACAGGGAAGAGAGUGGAUAGAGCUGGAAGUGAGGAGAGAAAUCAGGAAAUGACAUUUGGGAAAGAAACUGCAGAAUGAAAUCGAACCCAAGCUGUUCGCUUGUGUCAUGACCUUCAUGUUUAGGGUGCAUGUUUAGAUCGCUAGACAGGCAGUGUCUGUAAAUAUUUUUUUGAUAUGGUAAAAGUGCUGUUCUAAUGUUGCUCCAUGGCAGCUCGACAUCUAAAUACAUUUGCAUUUAGGCUUGACGCUUUAUCCAAGUUAAUAUGACUGUGUGGCGUUUCCAGGCUGUUCUGCUGCCCCCUAAUGGUCAAGAAAGUGUCUUAUGCAAGAAAAACGUAGAAACAGCGGGUUCUUCUUAUUUGGACAACUUAUAAUAAUUAGUUAAUCUUCCUGAUGUCGGUUAAUUAUCACUCAAAACAUAACUGUCUCAGUCUAUAUUUCUAUGUGAAGAGGUGGAGAUCAUUUCAAUGGUUUUAAUCUGUGAGGAUUAACAGCAUUUAUGAUGUUUGCAAAGAAAAUCUUAAUUCUGUAAAGCUAUUUGAAACUUAAGCUGUCGUGUACAUUAUCGGAGGAAAUAUACUUAGUAACAGUCUUAAAUAUGAAAAUGAAAAACAUUACCUCAGAUAGAGCUGAAGGAAGUUUAUUUGAAAACGUUUCUGGAUCAAUUCUACUGCGAGUUCUUGAACUAGUGUCCUGUACCGUCUGAUUCCCAGCAGUCUUUAAAAGCUGCCUUGAACCGGUGUGAUAUGCGCUGUGGUGUGAAAUGUAUCUUUGCCCCUCAGAGGGGGCAGCGUCUCCUAAGUGCAUGCAUCUGAUGCCUGUAUUAGUGACCCUGUGUGAUGUGUGAGUGCUUCAAUGUGUUUAAACAUGACAGGGAUGUGGGACAGAGGUGAAAAGACACAAAGAGAGAUGAAUGAGGAGAGAGGAGGUGGAGGGAUCAGCAUCAGAGUGACCAGAGGCCGAGGUCAGCUACUUCAGAGCUCAAACCCCUUAACAAUCGGACUAAUCUGUCUCACUCACCCCUGAGAGAGGUCAUCAGGCGAGAUAACGCUCCCCUCUCCCAGGCGUAGAUGAAGCAGACUCAGGUUAAGGUGCAGUGAUGAGCAAGGAGGAUGCUGGGAGAUGAUCUGCUGAGACAGUACAGUCAGAUUACAGACUGCAACUGUGAAACUGAAAUACGCAGCAGUAUUUAAUGUGGCAUGUCCUCUGAAAGAGUUCAAUUAGCACUGGAAUCAUUUACCAACAACAAUAUUGAUCAGUUCUUCAUUCAGGUCAUUUAUAAAGCUAAUUAUAAAGCUAAUUAUUUGCUUGAUAAAGCUUCUCAACUGUGAGGAUUUGCUGCUUUUCUUGGUUUCAUCUCAGGAAGUAAACAUCAUUAGAUUUAGAAAUAUGAUCAUACUCUCUCUAAUUUUUGCAGACGCAUCUAAGGGUGAAAAAUAUGCUUUAGUUUAGGGUUUAGUGUUUGUUGCACAGGGUGAGUCAUUUGAAGACAUUACCUUUGGCUUUUUAAAGUGAAAUGAACCUUAUUCUGUAUUCUCUGAGCGUUUCGUGGUCUAACAGGUGAUUCCUGAAUGAAAGGCGCCGUUUCAAAGACAAACUGAUGAUAGCAUUAAUGGUGUAGAUCAAAAGGAGCUGCUUCUCCGUCCACUGCUACUUUGCAGGCUGAGCAUCACUCGUAACAGACACGUAAGCAGAGACUGAAUGAAACCCUCUCUCCUUAAAAGCUUUGAUGUUCCUCUGCCAAAAUCCCAGCUUUAGAUCGACUCAUUAACUAUGCUCCUCCACAGAGCCACAGACGGACAGAUGUUACCCCCGUCCACACAUAAAGCAGGCCCCUCUCGGCAGUUGUGUGUGCGUGUGUGUGUGUGUGUGUAAUCUGCCAAAGUGGUGUCUCUUGUAAAUGAAAUGACAAACAGCUCGCUGCGUCUCUAAUCCGUCUCCCCCCUCUUUGUGUUCCUCUUCAGGGACAGACUUGGUCACCCUCAAUCGACGACGAAGGCUCAACGAGAGAUGAUUUCUACGAUGACGAGGACCUCUACUCAGGCUCCGGCUCUGGCUGUAAGUGUGUGUGUUUUGUUAGGUAAUUUGUGUGUGUGUGUGUGUAUGUGUGUGUUUGUGUGUGUAUGAGGUUACACACUCACGCCCUGGUUCUUUCAAUCCUGACAGCUGCUGGGUUUCAAUCUGCUGACCCUGAAGACCCCAACCCCCCUCAGUGUCCUCCAGUUAUAGCGGCCCUGUUUGCCACAUUACUUCCACAAAGGCCGCCACACACACACACACACACAUCCACAUCCACACACACAGACAUUUUCACACCAUUCAAACACCCUUCUUGGAUGGACAGGGAGGUUGUGAUUCAGAUUUAUCCGAAACACCUUUAAACACAGACACACCUUUGCAAACAAGCAGCGACCCAAGCUCUAUUCACCCAGAUCUUAUUUGCAGUAAUCAGAUUACAGUCUACACAGAUUAGCCCAUCACACGCACACCAGCAGUCCUGUGCACCUAUUUACUCACUCCUAUCUGUGUCCGAACAAACUGGCCGCCAGCGUGAGGAGGAAUUACCUACUUAACGUAAAUCACAUUGGUGUAAUUCAGCCUGAUUUUCUGAUCUGGCUGUUGAAACUUGAAUGUGGCUCUCCUUAUUAAGCAUGACUCAUUGGGGGCUAUCCUCAGUUCAGGCGCUGCGCUAACGGAGAGCAACGCUCAAAAUAAAUUACAAUUCAGAGCAGGAGAGUGCAGCAGAGGCACCCCCUGUGGUCGAAACAGCGGCCCGGCAAAUUGCUUUAUCUCACACGGUGAUACAGAGCCGUCUGAAUCAGAAGGGAGAGCUCAUUUCUAACAGACGGAUGUGCGUUUUGCCUCUCAAUGUGGCAUUUUUAAGGCGUCAGAUAAGUGUAACUGAGGCUGCAUUGUUUGAGCCGGCAUUUCGAUAUCCUCUCCAGCUCCACUGUCAGCCUUCAUGUCUUUGUGCUGGUAAAUUCAAUUUGCUUCUCUUUCAAACCAGGGAGCGUCACAGGUCUAACAGAAUGAAAGGUGCUAUAAUAAUGCUAUUACGAGAUUGAAGAGGGAGAUCAAUCAGUAAGCACAGUCAUCUCUGCUCCACUCUUUUCUCCUCAAAGCGCUUUAAGCCAGGUAAUUUUGAAAAAUAAAGUGUUUACAUGCAGCCACCUCAGCUCUUUUCACUGCCUUUGAAAAAAAAAACUAGCCCACCUCUGUUUUUUUCUGACACAGAUAGCUGCUCCCAUUUACAUAGUUCCCCAUUUCUGUUGUCACAAAGCUAAACGAGCAGAAAAUAAGAAUUUGAUUGCAGCUCUGAUUGCUGCAGCGAGUCGUCAAUAAAAUCACUACCUCUGAUGCUCAAGUCGUCUCACAAAAUGAACAUAGGGAGCUGUUUGAUUGGAUGUAUUGACAUUUCAGACAGUCCGUCUUAAAGUGCCACGACACUGAUUCUGCAUGUAAAGGUCAGUCAUGUGGAGGUCGGAGCCAGCGGUGUAUUGUGUCCCCUGUUGCUCUCCUAAUAAACCAGUUUUUUUUUUAAUGCCAGUGAAAAAAUGAUGGAGGCAACAUGAUGUCAUCCAUGUUGUCUCAGCAAGGGCUCCAAGAUUUUGCCUGCAGUGAUAUUACUGAUGCAUUUACAUCAAAACUGAAAAGUAAAUAGAGAGACCGGGUGGUGUUGUGAUGCAUUAAGGUGGAAAUGGAGGUGCUGGUUCAACCCCUCGCCCCAACCCUCUGAUGCACGCCCUCUUCUACUCCCUACCGCCUCCCUUUCCUGUUCCUGUUCAGCUCAUCAUAAUAGCAACAGGGGGUAUGCUCAUAAUAUAGUCAUUUUGAUUUUUUUUCAGGCCAACAGUCAAUCAUAAAUUUGCACAAUUAGAUGCGGUUUAAGUUGAUAGACAUUUAGGCAUGGUGUUGUUUGGAUCCAUCUAAUUGGCUUGGGGAUCCUGCGCCUGCUACUGACGUCAUGAAACAUGACUGACUGAGAUUUCAUUUUCACAAUGUUAUUGGCUGUAUAGAGUUUUACCUGCCAGGGUUGUUUGUCUUUGUAGAGUUUCCAUGUUAUAGGCUUGGGACCAUGAACCAAUCUGACCACCAGCAUAAUGCGCAACAAAUGCUACAUUUAGUAUCUGAAAUUCUCCAUUUAUCAUCAUAUACAAAUGACUUUCAUUCCUCCUAAGACCUCCAAAAAACUCACAAAUCCAAGUUUGGUCACUUUAAACUUUUACUUAUGGCGUUUGAGAAGGAAACUUUGCAGCAUAUUUUCACCAUUUCCAAUUCAAAAAGUAAAAAAGCUGCUCACAGUCUUUAUAUUUGCUUUUCAUUAAACUUCACAAUAACUCAAUUCUAAGCUCUUCUGAGUAAAACAUCAGCCUAAAAAUUGUGUAAUUGUGUAAUAUCAUGAACCGUUGUGGGUCCCUGAGCUGGCCUGAACACAUCUGUUACCUACACCAGGAGGUUUUGAGUUCCUCCUCUUUGCCUGUUUCUUAAUCGAUCUAAAGAUUGGGAGAGAGCUUUCCCAACAUGAUGACCACUCUGGUAGAUGUGUGCUUCUCUGAGUUUUUCUAUUAUACAGUUUUUGAUUAUUACUUUUAAAAAACUCACUUUUUUUUUAGAUGUACCAACCACAGAGAUCUUUUCUGACAAGUUUCACUCGUAUGUGAGAAAUUUAUCAGAUUGGAUCAGAGUCCUGAGCCGAGUGAAAAAGAAGUGUUUUUAGGUUCAAAAAGUGUCUUUGCCACAUACAAGCAACAGCUCAUUUUAAAUAUGUCUAAAAAUGCAACUCCAUAAAAUGUGUAUGUAUGUGUUUCUCUGUGUUGGUGGAUGAGUGACUCAUUCCUGUUAACUGGAGGGAUAUAGAGACAGUGAGAAAAUGUAAAUUUCACUGACUGACUGUAAAGACGUUUGUUUCUGUGGCAUUUUUUGAGAAACUGCUGCAUUUCCUUGUUUCCAUCUUUGUUAAAAUCCUACAUUUUGCUUCAUUCUGUGAUCUUGUUGUUUGCUUUUAAUGGUUGUACUUUUUAACAGCAAUUUCUGUGAUCAUUUUGAAAGCCUGAUCAGGGACAAAGAUUUCAAUUUAGCCAUAGGUAGAAAACUUAAUGAAGCAUUUUUUCAUGUUUCAUAAACCUCUGAAUACGUGAACAGAAGCUCAAAGGAUAUUUAAAAAGCCCUGUGACAAUCUCUUGGAGUCAAAUGCUCUUUAAGUCGUUUUAACCCAAGAGUGUGAAAUGCAUGCGUGAUGUUGUGACUGAAAAAAAAAAAACCUCUUUAAAGAGAUGAAAUAUAUUCAUAAAUGCUACUCUCUGUUUGCUGACAGUCCCACAGAGCAAUCGUGAAGUCAUGCAACACUGCAGCUGUUUGUCCUGAUGUAAAAUGACAGUGACUGAAAUCUCAAUUAACUGCUCACAGAAUGAAAUUAUCGAGUGUUUAUUGUAUAGGGAGCAGUGAAUGAGCGUCUGAGGGAUUGAUUUCAAACACAGCCUUCUGAUUUACAGUUUGUGUUGGAGUACGGGUGUGUGGGCAGGCAAGUUGACUGAUGAAUUUUAUGUGUGACUGAGUGUGUUUGUGUUUUCUUUACUGACUCCUCCGCUUCUUGUAACGGUCUCGUUUUGAAGUUUCAUUUUCUGUCUUCUCUAGUUCCUGAUAUCAGCAUAAGGCCGACAUCAGCAGGUGUGUCCUUCACCACAGAAGAGCCGCUCCUCCUCUCCACCACACAGGCAACAAGCCCCGCCCCCUCGGCCUCACCUGCAGCCGAGCCGAGCCCCGACCCUGAGGAGCCCACCGCCACAUCGAUGCCCACCGAGGCUGAUGGAGAGAGCGGCGUGUUCUGGGAAAGGGAGAAGGAGCCGGAAAGGGAGAGAGAGAGGGAGUUAGAGAAAGAGGAGGAGAGGCAGAGGGAGCUUGAGAGGGAGAGGCAGCUGGAGCGGGAGAGAGAGAGGGAGAGAGAGAGGGAACGGGUCCGGGAGAGGGAGAGGGAGCAGGAGAGGGAGAGAGAAAGGGAACGUGAGAGAGAACGAGAAAGAGAGAGAGAGAGACAGAGAGAAAGAGAGCUGGAAAGAGAGAGAGAGUUGGAGCGAAUCAGGGCUGCUGCUGCUGCUCGGACCACACCUGCCCCGCGAUCACCCGCUGCCGUACCUGUGGUGACCACCAACCCGGCCAUCAGCUCCUCAGAGAGUGCAGCGCCCUCUGCAGGUUCGGAUGACCUGAGCACCACAGAAGAAGAUGACGAUGUCUACCUGUCACCUGAGCCCACAUCGUUCUACCCCGGGUUCAACAUGGAGACCACCACAGAGGAAGACAUGGAGACCACCACAGAGUCCACACCUGAACCUACCACAGCUGUGCCCACCACCACCACCACCAAGACCAGGUUCCCCUUCAGACCAAGGGUUCCCAUGACAACUGCCACUCAGGUGGCACCGACUGAGAGAACAACACGCCCACAACAGCCAACAACAGCACAGGUGAGAUUUAAAGACUCACAUCAUCCUGGUCAUAAAAGAAGAGAAGUUCAGUCUUUACGGGACUCUGAAGACCAGAUCAGAUCCAUACAGGGAGUAAGACUCAGGGUUAUGUAUCUGAUAAAAGGAAGAUUUCAGGGUGUUAAUAUUUCUUAAAUAGAAUAGUUUGCCCACCAACAGCAGAAACCAGCACCCCCACUAGUUGCCAGGCAGCAGCACCAGGAUGGGAAAAGAUUUUUGGAAGGCGAUGCACCAAUCUGUUGUUUGCCAGAAAAUGUAAACUGCAAAAAAACUCACAAGGAAACAAAAAGUUGUUUUUACAGGCAAAGAACAGACUUACGUUUACAUUCAGCAUCAACAUCCCUCCUCAGGUAUAAACACACCUCAGUGGAGGGAUUCAGAUAGGAUCACUCCGGUCUACAGAAGUGGUCUGGCAGUUUGUAUGCUCAUGUGUCCUGGAUCACGUUAAAGACUUCCCAGCCUCCCCAUUUUCACAAAUUUGUGGAGUAAUAGACCGUCUUUUCACACCUGGUAAAAAAGUGAUGAUCAGUAUAUCUAUAGGGGAGUAUUUAAGUAACGGAUCAGACUACAUGUGAUGGCAUUAUGAGUAUUUCAAACAACAGAACGGUCUUUUUGAGAUAAACCACAGUGCUCAUGGGAACAGAAGAACAAGUCGCCCACUGUUUAACAGUAUCACUUGGAGUGUUUUGAAGAUUUCGUGGUGAUUAAAAGGAGCUCUUUGGCGCUGAAUAAAAAGCAGUUUUGGUCACGAUCAAAUCAUUACUUGUAUCUCAUAUCGACAGUGAUGGAGGAUAACACAUCAAGAACCUAAUUCACAAACUAGCUUCUGUGUACUCUUGACCAACAUGGUUAUUUUGUUCUGUAGCAAUAAACUGUCGAGGUUUGAUACCCGCCCUUCCUCCUGCCUGCCUCUAAACCACUGACAGCUUAAUUAUUUACAGACCAGAGUUGUUUCCCUGAUUGGUUUGCCUCUGUUUAUUUGGAGCAGUCCUGCAUUAAAGUAUGAUGUAUUUCGAUUCGCCUGGUUUUCCACGUUAUAAUUAAGCUGCCAGGUUUUAUGAAGUGCGUAUACACGCUGGACAAUGAACAACUUUCCAUCAGUCUGAACAUACAGAGACUCAUUGUUUCAAAUGGUGAACAUGUGCCAUGGAAAUUUCUGGGUUUGUGUUGGUUUGGAGGGGUUUUUAGAGCAGCAGCUUCAUGGAACAAAAGUGAUUACAUCAAAUGUCAAUUUUCCUCUAACCCGUUUGACUUUUUCUCUCUGUCUUAGGAGGGCAUCAAUGAAGUGGGCGCUGCAGGACCAAGUGGAGAUUUUGAGAUCCGUGAUGACCGGCGCAAUGAUUUGGGUCGAGGUAUAGUGCCAAUGGAUCCUGAUCUGAUUGGCAACACGGUGGACGGAGGAAGCUCUGCGGCCCAGCUGCCACAGAAGAACAUCCUGGAGAGAAAAGAGGUCUUGAUAGGUAAGACUUUCAUCUGUUACACGUUCACAAUGUUAUUUUGUAUUUGUCCUGUUCAUCCAGCUCAGUCUGUGUCUCUCUGUCCAGUGAACCACUCGGUCGCCCCCCUUAGAUCAACAGAUUACCCGUUGCCUCCUGUAUUCUUUCCCUGCUGAGAUAAAGUGGCCUUAACUCACGUUAGGGUUGCACAGAUUCAUCACGAUAAGUGAAUGUGCUGCUUAGCCCCGUUUGACCCGUUGAGAACAAGCAAUCCUCUUCUUGGGUUAGCUAACCCCCUUUCCUCACUCCGCUCUUUCUCUCAUCAUUUUCCCUCUGGGUAAAUCCAAUUUCUAUUCAAGCCCCCCUCCCCUCCCCUCUCCUCAUCCCAAAGAGCUGUUGAAGAAAGUGCAGGAGCAGCCAACUUGUCUGACCUGACUGGCUCUCUGUUUCUCCUUCAGCUGUUCUGAUUGGUGGACUGCUGGCGGUGGUUUUCGCUGAUUUCCUGGUCACCGGUAAAGAGCAGGAGGCAACAGAUCUUAGAUUAGAUUAUGUAGAUGCCAGGCAAAGGUUUACAUAUGUAGAGCUUUACACGUGUAGUGACUUUUUACCCAUGGAGGUCACACAUUCAAGAUGAUAUUUACCAACUUUGACUAGAUUUAGCCGACUUUUAUUUAAGUUAUGAAGAAGUCUUUUUCUACCAGGGAUUUAGGUCCUGAUGAAUUAAAAAGUAAAUAAUUAUUCAAGUCAGGUUCUCAGCAAAGCAAAGAUGAGUUUUAUUCUGCAGUUUAUCUCACAAAUUUCUGCUCCAUGAGACUGAACUGCAGAGCUAUGAGCCACAUGCUAAUAUUAGAGUAGCAUAUCAGCAUUGUCAAUGAUAAUGCCACAUAAAGAUAUCAUUAAGGCUCCAUGUCCACCAUAGCUGUAUUUGAAAUCAUGAGUCCAUAUGCAAAUAUGAAAACACAGACAGCGUGCCAAUGUGAGCGAGAAAUAUUUUGGAAAUUCGCUGCAAGCAAAAAGGUGGGAGUGAUGACGGGUUUAUACUGAUGUGUCAUUUGAGAUGCAAAAAAAGACAAUCAUUCAAUAAGUGAAGUUUAGGAGUCUGCACAUCCGUCAGUUCACACAGUAUUGAUGCAGACUGUAGCUACAGCUAUUUACGGGGUAUCAAAGACAAUCUUCAUAAUUGUGCUGAAAAUAAUACAAUCAGCCCUAAUAUGAAUACAUGACCAUGACCUCAGCUCCACUUCCUGUUGCUGCGCCCACCAUCUUGCCGUAAACAUCAUACUGUGGCUUUUGUUGUCUGCUUUUGAUGUUGAGUCUUGCAAGGACAUGUAUGAAAGAGCAACAUCAGAGGACAAAAACUCACAAUAAGACUUGAUGAACUGAGCCCAGCACAAAGUACAGCUAAGCUCAAAGGAAUUAUAUUGGUUUCCAGGUGAGCUGUGAGGCCCUCAGCUACAUUUUUUUGCUAAUGAGACAUCAGAGUUGCAUAAAAGGUCCUCUGGGUUGAUGGAAUUAUAAACAGUUAGAGGAGGCUUAAUCUUGAAAGCAGUUUUCCUGACAAUAUCUCCUUCAACUGUCAAAAUGUGGAUAAACGUGGUAGACUGACUGAUUUCUACUCGCGCACUCAGGCUGCUAGCGUGGCUAAAAAUAGUCCUUUUUUUUAGUCAGUGAUGGUAAUGAAGAUCUGAUUUUAUGGAUUCAAGGAAAAGUAGUUCAUCAUGUCUUUUUUAUGAGAAACUGCAAAUGGUGCACUUGAAAGAGUGAAAUUAACAUUUCUCAUCUCCAGUCUCACAAAUGUCCUCCACAGUCAAAUCGGCGACCGUAAAAAAUUCCAAUUACUGCGCAAUUUAAAGCAAAAAUUUAAUUUUACUUUUUUAAGUAAGAGUAAACGGUGUGAGAAGUCAGAUGGCUGAGUGUUUCUGCAGUGACAGUGCAUAAAGUAAACUCCCGUUAUUUUUCACUACCCCAGCUUUUGCUCUCUGAUAUUGGCAGUAAUGAAUAAACAAAGUAAACACCUCCCACGCUGUGAAUGGAAACAAAGUGUUCCUCAAGCAUUUUGGAAAAUAAACACUUUGUUCUCUGUUUUGGCGUCGAUACCAAUUAGUUUAAAGAGGCAGCGUUUUUCCCAUUUGAUAAGCACACACUAAUCUAUGGCACGCAGUGAGAGUUCAUUAGUGAUGUGUGCAGAAGACAGUGGAGAAAGCAGAGAGCUGCAGACUGAUUCAACCAGUCACAUCAGGUUAGAGCGCCAUGCAGCUCUGCAGGGCCAAAGUUAAGCACAAAGCUGCUGUCAACACAAAACACAAGUUAGCACACCCGGGCUCGUCACAUAGCAGCUAGCUGGUAGAGACGCUGUGGUAGCUUUGCUCGGUGUUUAAAGCAGCGUGUGUUUGUCGUGUUGUAGUCUCCAGCAGGAUGUAACAGUGGCUUUAAUGGUAUUUCAGUGUUUGUUUAUGUUUCUGUGUGUUUGCAGGAUCUGUGGUGGAAUAGGACGUUUUUAAGAAAUUCUCUUUCUGUAUUUCUUCCCUCAGCCGUGAUCGUUGGAGGAGUUGUAGGCGCCUUGUUCGCCGCCUUCCUUGUGAUGCUGCUGGUGUACAGGAUGAAGAAGAAGGACGAGGGCAGCUACACGCUGGAAGAACCCAAACAGGCCACCGUCACCUACCAGAAACCAGACAAGCAGGAGGAGUUUUACGCAUAACACUCGAACUCCAGAGAGACGCACCGCACACCGAGGGAGAGAUACAGAGCGAGAGAGAGCGAAGAGAGAGAUACUCUAAGCCCCCUUCCCCACUCCUCCUCUUCCUCUUCUUCCUCCUCUUCUUCUUCUUCUUCUUCGUCGUUUCCCCCUCAUCUGCUCGCCUCUCCUCGUCCUUCUCUCCUCUCGUCUCCAAAACACUUGAGAGCGCCUUUCUCUCUGCGGACUCAGAACUUUCUUUUCAAUGAAAUCCAAAAAAAGAGGACAAAAAAAGGAAAAAAAAAAGCAAAUAUAUUCUGAAAAAAUAACACAUACACACGAGAUGUUUUUAAAGUAAAUGUUGUUAUUAAUAUUCUACAGAUUCUCUUGUUCUGUACGUAAUGAUAUGAUUAUUUUGUAAGAAAAGAAGAACAAACAAAACAAAACACAAGCUCUUAACGUGUUUUCCAGCACAAAAAAGUCCCUCCUCUGUUUUUAUGGAGCUGAUGAAAAGGCAAAGAGAGGAGAGGAGAGGGGCAGAGCGAGCUGAGCGAGACACAAAAGAAAGAAGAGAGAGGGGUGGGCUUGACUCUGCCCCUUAUCCCCCCGCCCCAAAAUACACACAAAGCGUCUGGUUGGCCGCACAGAGCAGCGCGGGUCAAAAGGUGAGAGGAAAGGUCUCUUUUGUGCCUUCCAUCGCUCUGGUGCUUAGACGCAUAAACCAAUCCAUGCAACCACACACACACACACACACACACACACACACACACACACACACACACACACACGCAAGGCUUGUGUCUGCUUGAAGGUGGCUCCGACCUCCCUCUCUGUGCUUGGCCAACCAGAAAACGCUGAUCAACCUCGGCGUGUUUCACAACGUUGAGGAGCCGCUGUGGAAACAUUGGCUGGUUACAAAGAGGCUCGCACGCGCUCACAACGAGCCGGCGGCCUGUCUGCUCCUCUAUGCUGUACAAAGACUAGUUACGGAUAGUAAUAAUAACCAAUAAUAUAUCAAUGUUUUGGGCUGGAUGGUGAUAAUAAUAAUGAUGAUAAUACCAUUAUAAUAAUAAUGAUGAUAAUAAUACUUAAACAGGAGGAUAUGUAUUUAGCAGUUUAAAAAGUUUAUAUGUAAAUAUCUGCGUAUCCUUUCUGGCAUCACUAACCAUCUGCAUGAUCAUGAAGAGUUUUUAUUCGUCACAUCCGUCAUCACUUAAGAUGAGCUGUGCUCUCGUCCGCCACAUACGCACCCACACACACACACACACACACACACCCACACACACACACACACACACACACACACACACACACACACACGCUUACACACACAUCCAUACAAACACACACACAGACACACACAAAUGCAGACAUUUAACUUGCUGUGCAUUUAAAAACACCUCAUACUGUAAAUCAUAUGAUUCAAACACAUAUCAAACCCAUCGUCAUCCGUCAUUUGUCAUUGUAAUAGUCAUCACUCGUGAUCAAGCGAGAGAAGUUGGUUUCAAUAUGUUAUUGAUUAGUUAUGGAUCAGUUGCGGGUUGGUUCAGAGUUUGGUCUGUUUGCGUAAAAGCACAACUUUGUGUCCAGUCACCACGUCAUCAAAUAUCCCUCCACAUGCACCUUCUGCAUGCCUCACUUUGUUUUCCGUCUACCAUUGGCUCUCUGUUCGGGGAUGGGAGGGGUCUCUGGGAAGCAAGAGGGGCUUUAAUGAAUAACAAGGAAGUGAGCAAAUGUGCAGGAAGUUGCUCCCACCUGCGGUAAUUCAUCAAAAUCAAAACUUUUCUAUAAAAGUUUGGGAAAAAGUUUGACUUAGCGUGAUUGGGUACGACUUUAUCCUGAUACUGUUUUGAGGGAGGGGAAAAUAGGGAGGGGAGGGGGCGCGGGAAGAGGAAUUCACCAUUAUUACAGCGGCUAUUUCCCAUUGGGGUCAUGCUCAAAUGCUGGAAUAAUGUUGUACUGCUUAUGCUGUGCCUGUUGAAUAAUAUCCCUUAAUGUUCCUUUAAAGGCAUCAUUUUUCAGACAGACCCAUCUGCAGAAACGGUGGAGCUCUGUGAUUUCUUUUUAAGAAUUUACACCUUCACUAUUGAAUUGUAUAAUUUUACCAAACUUUUGUAGCUGUCAACGCCCCCAUGUCAACUCAAAUACAGGCCAACACACCUCAGUGUCCUUAGGGUUGGCUGUACUUUCAGGUGCUCAUGAAUUAAGAAGCACUACUUCAUAAUGAUUUGUAAAAUACCCUGAAUUUACAUGAUAUAAAAGCAACAUUUCCGACCUGAGCGUAACCUCAGUGGAGAGUAGCCGCCGUACGAAUGUGGUGGGUGUGUGGAGGCAGGAGGGCUGUGCUUCUAUCUAAGAGAUUGUAACAAUAACCACACCAGUGCGACUGGGCUAGUAGCUUCUAUUUUACUCAGUACUGUAGAACAAAAAAUGCAUGGGAGUCAAUAUUAUACUAGUCUGUGUGUGUGUGUGUGUGUGUGUGUGUGUGUGUGUGUGUGUGUGUGUGUGUGUGUGUGUGUGUGUGUGUGUGUGUGUGUGUGUGUGUGUUUGUUUGAAAGGAUAAAGGGGUGAGUUUUAGUCAGAAUGUACUGUGGUGGAGUGUGUGUUUACCUACUCCAGCAGUCUCACGCUCUUCCACAGACCGGUAACACACCUCCUCCACUCAUGUGUGUACGUCACCUGCCCCCUUGCAAGUGUGUGAGAGUACGUGUGUGUGUAUGUGUGUGUGUGCGCACCAUACCUAAUCCCUCCACCUGUGUGUGUGUGUUUAUGUGUGUGUAUGUGUGAGAGCUUCACCUCGGUAUUUCACAGCAGACUCUUGUGUACACUGACUAGCCUGUCGAUGUGUGUGUGUGUGUGUCUGGUGUGUGUGUGUUUAGUCUGUUCGCUGCUGACUGAGGGGCAGCUGGUCCCUCACAGUGGAUUUCACACACACUGACUGUCUUUUCACUGUCUGUCUGUCUUUCUGCUCCAGGACAGGCAGACAGACAACACGCCACUUUCUCACAGGCAGGAAUGAUCUAAACACGUACUGUCUUUUCUAAAGUGACUGUCAAAGUGUAAACAUGUGUGUUUGUACCCAUCUUAAGCCUGCGUAGCCAAAUAAGAUGUGUGCAUGUGUGUGUGUGUGUGUGUCUGGUGUGUGAGAGAGAGAGCUGGAAUACGGAUUUGUAUGUGUGUGAGUGCAGGUGUGUGUGUGUGUAUGUGUGUGUGUGAAGCCCGAUGGAGGCGACACUUCUCUAUGUUUGCUGUUCCCAUUCCUGUUUUUAUACAUUUGCAUUUUUUUAAGGCUGAGUUUCUGUCAUUGGCUGAGUGAGCGAGAGGAGGCGGAUCCUCCACGCCACCGCCCUGUCACUAAUCUGCCACUCUGUUCCAAAUAAAAGACCUGAUUGGGUAAACGUG